AUGAACUGCGAAAACUCUUUUGCGGUGCUCGAAGCCGCCCUGAUGAAAAUUAACACAAAUACAGUAAAUGCCAAGGGAGGCUAAAAAUAGCCUCUGUGCCAAGCCCCAUUCUGCUCCUGUCCAUGUCAGCUUGGCAUCUGAAAUGCAGCAAAGUCUGCGGGGGGGGGGGGAGCUUCCAGGGCUGGUGGGUGGCCUGGAUUCUAAGGGGCUGUUCUGGGGCAGGUGCCUUCCAUGGGCAUGUGUCCAUCAUGCCCCUUGCUUUCUCUCUCACAAAUGCUGGUCCAUGGUCUUGCUGCAAAGGUUCAGCAUUGGCACCUCUUAGAGACAGGAAGGUGGUGGUGGGGGAUAGAAAGUAGCUGCCCCAAACCAUUUGCUCAUCAUAGUGCCUCUGGAGGGGAAAUCUAGGUGAGUUCCCAUGUCCCAAACGGCAGGGCCGGCAUCUGCUGUCCCCACUACUGCCGCCCCCUUCCCCACAGCCAGCCCAUGCAAGCCAGACCACAAAAAGCAGCCAGGUGCACUGCAGAAAAUGAGCCAGGAAGGAAGAGGCAUUGAAUCAUAGGGUUGGAAGGGAUCUGAAGGGUCAUCUAGAUCAACCCCCUGCAAUGGCAUUGCUGUAGUUUGGAAGUGGCUGGCGGUCUCUCCUAGGGCCCUCUGGCCUCUUCCCUUGGCAAAGCGAGGAGGGAGUGGCUGUGACCUGCUUUCUCCUCUCCUUCAGGGCAGACUACCUACCAGCAGAAGUUGAUUAAUAAAUUGAUGGUAACAACAACAACAGCAGCAGCAACAACAACAACAACAACAAACCAAGAACAACUGGCCCAAUAAUGCUGCAAAACCGUAUCUAAUCUGUCAUGGCUUUCAUGCUUUUGCCUGCUAGAAAAUGUUUUCCAUGGACUUUCCCCAUAAUAAAUUUGUAACCUUUGGAGUUAGUCCUCUGCUUUCUGUGUCUUCUGUGUAACAACGCCAGGAUGAGUUAGUGAUAUUUGGCAACCUUGCAGUGGAAUGCAGCUGGCUGUCUUUAGGAGUAAUAGCUCUUCUCUUUGUUUUUAUAGCAUUAUUUCACCGUUAACUUCAACCAUGAAAACCAGAAAACCCUGGAGCUGAGGACAGAAGAUGCUAAAGACUGUGAUGAAUGGGUAGCAGCCAUUAGCCAUGCCAGGUAAGUCCUCCUCCUUUUCUCAGUGGCCCCGUGGAACAUGAAUCCUGCUGGGGCAAGGUGUCUUGGGAUGGAGGGCUGGGCUGGCAUGUGUCAGGUCAGGUGCAAGAGGCCACUGACCAUGUUAAUUCUGCUGGGGGAGAGAGAGUGGGAGAGGGAGCCAGUAAGAGGCCUUAUUUCUGGUCACCCUUGCUGAGCAAUGGCUCAUAAGUACUAGUAGUACUGUAGUAUUAUUAGUAUUAGUAUUAGUAGUAGUAGUAGUAGUAAUAUAAUAUAUUUACCGGUAUUUCCCCAGCCACUCUGGGUGGCUCCCAACAUAAUAUUAAAAACACGAUAAAACAGAAGAAACCAUAUAAGAGGAAAUCAGCCCCUCUGGGCUGCUUACAGAGAAAAAGUUGACAAUGAGCAAUGCUUGGGCUGACUCUGGAAUUGUAAAGAAGCACAGGACUUUGCUCCAUGCCUAGAAUUCAGCAUCCUAACAACCUCAGAAUUUGUUGUUGGGUUUUUGUUUUGAGUUUUGCGUUCCACAUCUCAUGGCUGCAAACAGGGCUGGCCCAAGACAUUUUGCUGCUUGAGGCAAAACAGAAAAUGGCAGGAGCCCCCCCCCUCCUCUGCUGCCACCUGAGGCGACUGGAGGCAGCCCAGGGAAGCCCCAGCACACUGAAUGUGGGGGAGAGAAAAAAAGGAGGCAAGAGGGGAGCAGGCAGUGGCUGCAGGCAACAAGCACAGGAGACAGCGAGCAGCACAGUCCUUGGGCUCCAGAUCAGCCGCCCCCUCCCAGCUGUGCCCAGCCUGCCUCCCAAGGACAAGGCCUUGUCAAAGCCCUGGUUGCAAAGAUAAGCAUCAGUGUGUGUAGUCAGUGCCAGGUAGGAGCAGGAAGCGGGGGGGGGGCAUCUGGAGAAGGCUCGGGGUGUUAAGGGAGUGUCCUUGCUCUCCUUCCCCGUUGCCCAUAGAACUGCAAGAAACAGCCUCAAACAAGCAGGUGUGCCGUGCAGAAUGGGAACACCUACACUUCCAGGCAUCAGUUUGCUUUAUCUGGGGUGGAAGGUGGGAUGCCUUUUUGCAGCAGAGAGGAUGCUUUGUGGCCUUGCUGACAGAAGGCUGAGGGAGGGUGUCCCCCCCCCCCCGGCCUUCUCAAAAUGUGCUGGGCAGCAGCUGGGCAGACUUAGGAGUUGGAGAGGAUGUUGCAUCAGAUAUUUUUUUCUCUACUCUUAAUGCUGCCUCUGCACCUGGGAGGCUGCCAGUUGCCACAGCCAGAGAUAAGAAUUCAUCCUUGACAUUUGCGUUUUAAUUCCAUUCCCUUUCUUUUAACAUUCAAUUCAUUUUCCUGGAAAGGCUGCUUUUAACCAAGCAGGGAAACAAAGAGGCGACUCCCCCACCCAACUCACAUGUAAAAUAUUGUGGGCCAGAUCCUUCCACGAAUAUUUGAAUUCAUAGAACUCGUUGAAUGGGAUUAAAUGGCAGUACAGCCCUCAACAUCUUUACUCAGAAAUAAACCAUGCUGAGUUCAAUUCGGCUUUACCUGUGUGAUUGCACCCUGUGUUUCCCAACCAAAGUCACUGCCAGCUUGGAAGGAGCUUGGCCAUUCCUAAUCGCCUGCAGUCCAAACCCAUAUAUAGGUCUACUCAGAGGCUUCAAUGAGACAUAUUCCCAGGUUAGUAGAUAUAGGAUACCAGCCUUACCUGUCCUUUAGUACCAGGUCAGUCCGACUGGCGCUCAUCUCGCUAUAUUGGCUGAGGGAGCCAGCAUACAGCUUCCGGGUCAUGUGGCCAGCAUGACUAAGCUGCUUCUGGCGAACCAGAGCAGCGCAUGGAAAUGCCGUUUACCUUCCCACCUAUUUAUCUACUUGCACUUUGACGUGCUUUCGAACUGCUAGGUUGGCAGGAGCAAGGACCAAGCAGGAGCAAGGAUCAAGCUCACCCCGUCACGGGGAUUCGAACCGCCGACCUUCUGAUCGGCAAGUCCUAGGCUCUGUGGUUUAACCCACAGAGCCACCCGUGUCCCUAAGCCUGGUAUAGCAGGACAUGAAUCUGCCUUCUUGAUGGGAAUGAAAAGGUCUUAAAGGUCUUCAUAAUGGUUGCCAGAGAUUUUGCAGAAUCUCUCGCUGAUCCUUGUGGGCUCAUAGAGUUGAUCCAUGUGACCCCAAGCUGGCACAGAGCACAUGGAAAAUGGCGAGAGCAUCACAGCUGAUCACACAGUGGAAGAAACCACUGUCCAAUUGCUCCAGCGUGUAGCCAGAUCAAUUAUGAUCCCUGUCUUCUGCUAAAAAUUGAUAUGGCUGCAAGGCAGAUCAAGCUGCAAACAUGCCUGGUGUCUGUGGACAGCAGGAGCAUAGUUUGAGAUUGGCAUGUGCUCAGGGCCUCUUUGGGGUCAUGUGGGUUGACCUCUAUAUGUGGCCCACUGGGUAACAGUGGCAGAGUGCAAGCUUGGGAACUGGACAUGGAAUCUUCAGAUAAUCACUUCUUAGCUGUUAUUACUCACAAGCUGAAUAUGGGAAGCCAGCCUUCCCCAGUCUCCUCUGGUCCUGAUGUUUUGAACCAGAACACCCAUCAGCCUCAGCUUUGCAGCUGCUGUGGCUGGGGCUGAUGGGAGUCAGUAGUGCCAGCUUGGGUGCCCGGGCCGUGAGUGCCAUGCAGCAUGCAUGAUAUUGGCACCAAAAUUUGUGGGUGCUGGGCACCUUCAUGGGGAAUUUUGUGGGUGCUCGGUCACCCAGAGCCCCAGGGAGUUGGCACCUAUGAUGGGAGUUGUAGUCCAAGAUUUCUGGAGGGCAUUAAGUUGGGAAACGGCUGCUCUAAAAUGUUUGGAUAAAAAGAAUGGCUGGAGCUUGAUGGGAAUGAUCAAUCAGAAUGAUCAAAUUCAAGCCAAGCAGUGGCAGGGAAAGUUCAUGCUCUGAACUGUAGCAGCAGAGUCGUGCCAUUCCCUUUCCCCCAUGAUGAAUGCAGUUAUCACUUGAUGGCUUCUCGGGUCGGCUCUCUCUCUCUCUCCCCCAUAGGAAUUUCUAAUUGUGUUGGCAGCAGACACGGCUUGAGGAAGCCACCAUGAGUAGCAAGAUCCACCCCAAUGACAGCAUUUAGGGCAGCACGUGGACCUGAUCCCCCAAGUUUUCCAUUGUUGUUGGUGGUCAUGAGUGCCCAACCUGGUGGGUGGGUGGGAGAUGCAGAGCAGGCAGGAAAAGCAACAGAAGGGGAGGAAAUGUCUUAACAACUCUGUCUAUAUAACAGUUAUAGGACUCUUGCUACAGAGCAUGAAGCUUUAAUGCAGAAGUACCUCCAUUUACUUCAGAUUGUGGAAACGGAGAAAACAGUUGCCAAGCAACUCAGGCAACAAAUUGAAGAUGGAGAAAUAGAGACUGAGCGCCUGAAAUCUGAGGUAAAAACAUGCUGAUUAUGCAAAGGGCAAAGGAGCCUGUGCGGUUGGUCCUUGUAGGCUGCAUUCAGACAUGCAUCAUGCCAGGAGAAAUGUACCCCCUUCCUCUCAGUGGAGUUGGUUUUUUUUGCCAGCAAUGGGAAGGACCCUUUGGGGUAUUUGAUGGCACACGAUGGGCUGUUUUUGCUGCUCUCUGACUUCCAAUUUGCUUUUAGGCGAAUUGUAUACUUUGCCUAUUUUGAUUUUACUAUGUUUAUGGACUGUUUGCAUUUGUGUAGCAGUAUUUAUUUAGUUGGUUAUAAAAAAAUGUACCUAUAUCGCUUUUUACAAAAAAAUAAUAAUAUGAAAGCAGUUCACAACAGCAAAAAGUAAGAUAAAACCAUACCAUAAAAGCAUAAAAGGUUAAAAACAAGGAAGUUUAAAACCAAGAUCAUUAACCCAUUUUGCAGGACUCUUAAUUGCCUGAAUAGGCCUGGUGUAAUUGAAAAUUUUCAGCAGGCAUUUAAAGGUUGGCACAGAAGGUGCCUGUUGAAUCUCCACAGAGUCUGACAGGACUGGGCCAAUGACUUGGUUUCCACUGCUGUCAAAUGAGCAUCACCAACUCUGGGAAUGAAUAAUGACACUCCUGCAAAUGAUCUCGUGACCGAGCUGGAAGAGAAAUAUUCAGAUGAUGCCUAAGGUACCCUGGACCUAAGUUGUUCAGGGGUUUUUUAAAUGAAUACAAGAAUGUGGAUUCAUUGUUGCUAUUUCUUUGGUUUAAAACUUUAUCUAGUUUGUAAAUAUCUCUGUAAGUCACUUUGGGCUGUUUUGAGAGAGGUGAAUUGUUAAGCAAUUUAAUAAAUAACCAUAACCGUAAUGCAAAGGAAAGCCAUCAGAAAGGUGGCAUGUUCUAGAGUUGAAGAGAUUUGUAGCAUUCCAGGUGAAAAUGCCAUGGUAACCAGAUUCACACAUGCACAGGCUGGGACUGAACCUGUGUCCUGCUUCUGUAUGGAAAAACCUGUGUCUGAAUGGUGUUUUGAAAACCAAGUCUCUGGGCUGAAGUGUUUACCCUUUGACAAGAGACUACUUGAAGUUCCACUAGUUACUUAGUGCUGGCUGUGCAGGAGACAUUAGUACCUUAAGCACAGCAAUAUUCAUCUGGAAGGGGGUUGAGUAAGAUACUGUCGGUUGGGCAAGUUAUGGUGUUCAACGAAUUUUAGAAGCGAUGCCUAGAAGACCCCUAAUCUGAAAACUUGGUUUCUUCUAGCAGUAGCAGACCUUGCCACAGGCAUGACUGCUAUGGGUCAAGUCAUCCUUGUAAGUCUCAGCCUGGAGGUCACAAUAUGAGGAAUGGUUAAGGAUGUUGGACAUAUUUAGUCUGGAGAAGAGAAGACUGAGAGGUGACAUGAUAGCCAUAUUCAAAUACCUGAAGGGCUGUCCCAUGGAAGACCGAGCUGCUCCAGAGGGGAGGAUCCAAACCAAUAGAUUCAAAUGGCAAGAAAUGAGUUUCCAACUAAACAUAAGGAAGAAUAAUUCCAUGGUUGUAAUAAUAUUAGGAUGAAGGAAGAGCAGAAGCUGUACAUUGUAUAGUUUUUAAAAAUCGAGCAACGAGUAAUCCAAGAACUAUCAAUAUGUUGGUGCAUAAUUAGUCUGCCUCUGUGCUUAAAUUCUUAGUGUUGUACUUUCUGCUGUUCCCCUCAACAACACCCCACUACCCUUUGAAGCGCAGAUCAAAUGACAUUUUCCUUUAAUGUGCAAAUUUUGCUUACUGGAUUUUGAAAGGGAAAAGCAGCUCUUUCUGCUGUGUAAAAGAUUUAUCAGCAGACCAGCCAGGAACUCUCCCUGCUUGCAGAGGAGUCAUUUCAGCUAUUAGCAUGGCUAAUAUCAGAAGUGAGUCCAUUUUGUUCUGAAUAUGAUCUGUUUGAUAAUGCCUAAUUAUGAAUAAAUUGCACACUGUGUUAAAGUCAGUGGUUUGGUUGGUAGGUUUAUGGGGACAAGAUUGUCACUGAAAGGACAAGGUCCACCAGUUGUAAUUAUUUAUUAUUGUUUAUUUGUUGCUUUUUCUUUUCUUUUCUUUUCUUUUUCCUCAAAAGUGAAAUUCAAACUGACUUGCAAAAAUGAACAUUAGAAACAAGGAUAAAGCAACUUAAAAUACACAAGUAAUAUAGAAAAGAUAAGCAGAAAAUUAAGAUCCUAAGACUUUGGGGGACUAAAAACACAGUGAUAGCUCCCGGCAUGGCUCCCUGGGGAGAGCAUUCCACAAGCAGGGAGCCACCACUGACAAGGCCUGUUCUUGUGUUGCUGUCCUCUGCCCCUUCCUUGGAGGGAGCACAUGGAGAAGGGCCUCAUGUGGGGAAUUCAGAAUCUGGGUUGGUUCAUGUGGGAAGAGGUGGUCUUUGAAGUAUGGGGGUGUUGAGCUACAUAAGGCUUUAUUGGUCAAAAUCAGCACUUGGAAUAGGGCCCAGAAACUACUUGGUAGCCAGUGCAGUCAAGCCAGGAUUGGUGUAAUGUGCUCAGAACCUCUUGUACCAGUGAGAAACCUGGCCGCGGAAUUCAGCAUCAGCCACAAUUUCCCAACCAUUUUCAAUGGCAGCCCCACAUAUAAAGCAUUGCAGUAAUCUAGCUGAGCAAUUGCCAGAGCAUUGAAAACAGGAGUGUCUCCACCUCCAUCAUUGAGCCUGGACCCGGAAGUCCAGCUGCGAGAGCCCCCUGGCAGUUCCCUCACUGCGAGAAGUGAAGUUACGGGGAACGAGGCAGCGGGCCUUCUUGGUAGUGGCACCCACCCUGUGGAUCACCCUCCUGUCAAAUGUCAAGGAAAUAAAAAACUAUUUUACUUGGGAGACAUCUGAAGGCAGCCCUGUAUUGGGAAGUUUUUAAUGUUUGAUGUUUUAUUAUGUUUAGGAAGCUAUCCAGAGUGGCUUGGGCAACCCAGAGCAGGGUACAAAUGAAAAAAUAUUAUUAUUAAUAACAGAAGUUAGGCUAUCCCUCUCCAGACAGGGGUGUAGCUGGGCCACCAGCCAAAGCUGACAGAGGGCACUUUGUGCCACUUGAAGUCAAUUGAGCCUUAAGUGACAGUAAUGAAUCCACAAGGCUACACACCUGCUCCUUCAGAGCAGAACAGACCAAAUCCCACCCUUCCUCUCAGCUACUUAGAAUAAUAGAAUUGUAGAGUUGGAAAGGACCCCAAGGGUCAUUUAGUCCAACCCCUGCGACGCAGGAAUCACAGCUAAAGAAUGCCCGACAGGUGGCUAUCCAACCUCUGUAUAGAAACCUCCCGCAAAGAAGAGGACUUGCCACAGGGCCACAGUUUGAAGGACAUGCUGCGGGGGGGAGACCAUGUUGGGCUCAGGGGUGCACCAGAUGUGCACAUUCUCUGAGCCCAGUUCUUUCCCAUGAACAUCUGCAUUUUGCUUGCACUCCUUCUCCCCCCUAUUCAGAUGAAUGGGACUGAGCCUUUUGUGUCUUCUGUGUUCCUGCACAUGAAUUAUAAUAGUUUGAUAAUGGAACAAAGACUCUCUCUCCCAAGGCAUGCACACUGUACAUUUGAAACACAUCACACCCCAAAGAAUCAUGGGAACUGUAGUCUUCUCAGGGUGCUGAGCUCUGUGAGGUGCAAACUAGAGUUCCCAGGAUUCUUUGUGGGGAGGCAUCUGCCUUUAGAUGUGUUUAUAUGCUGCCUGAAGAGUGGGACAGAGAGGGGUUGCAUUGCCAGGCAGAAGUCUCCCAGGAGGUACUUAAUGGACACCCCACCCCCUUUUAGGCCUAGGAAGAGGUCCCUACUUUUUCUCUAGCCCCUCAACUCCACCACAACCCUGAUCUCUGGGAGCGGAGCGGGGGCGGCCUUUUAAAAAUAAGCAAGCCUCCUGCAUAACUCAGGAUCCUCACACCCACCUGCCCCCUUUCCCUGUUUUGCUGCCCAGAGCACCCAUAUGCGGCAUGCGGCAUGACACUUAAAAAGAGGGGGUGUGAUGUUUAAAAAUACCAGGGCUCUAAUGGAGGCUGCUCUGUAUCUCGUUGCUAGGGGCAACCUCAGGAUGUUAAACUGAAUGGCAUCAGCUUCGAAGGGACAAUGCUUUCGUGCAUCUCUGAUUUGUUGUUGUUGUGAUGUCACUUCCCCAGAGCCAAUCUUGCUUCUACGCCUCCCAGUUCAUUUGCAUGCUUGAAUUUGAUUUGUUUAGGAGUUUUCUUUGCAUGGAAAUAGACAUUUUACAUCUCCGUCUUUCAGUUCAUACAAGGAGUGUUUGCACCAAAACAUUGUUCUGGUGAGCUGCCAGGGCAUGACCUCAGCUAAGAGGCCGAGGGGUUGAAAAAGCAGCAGGGAGCAUCCAAGACAAGGAGCCUCCCUUCUGACUUCAGUUGUACUUCAUGUGCACCCUGCAUUUGUUUAUGCAUCCCAUUUUUGAACAUUUGAAAAUGUGCAACAAGUUAACGGAUGCAAGAUAAAGAAGAAUGAGGCUUCUGGGUGCAACUGGCGGAUCAGUCUGGCCCAGGAGGUUGUCUGAGGUGCGCAAUUCAAGCUGAUUGACCUUUAUGGAUAUUGGGAAUAUUUUCCUGGGAAUCCAAACCAACCUCAGCCUUGACUCUGACCGGCAGUAUUAUGACAGACCACAUUGCAGAGCUGUAGUAAGCUAGAAAGUAGAUAGAGAAAAAAGAUUUCUCCCUCUCUCACAACUUGUGGACACCCAAUGAAGCUGAAUGCUAGAAGAUUUGGGACAGAUCAAAGAAAAUAUUGCCAGAAACUACAGGAGGGGAGAAGGCUCUUGGGCUUGGAUCCUGCUUGUGGGUGUCCUACAAACACCUGGUUGUCCACUGUGAGAACAGGAUGCUGGACUGGAUUGUCCAUUGAGGUUUGACUGUUUUAGCUUUGGGGUUGGCAUUAUCUGGGCCAACUUUUAAAUGUUUCGUUCUAAAUAAGAACUGAGUUAGAAAGGGCCAACCAUCAGGAAGCUCUUGGCUCUGCUGCUAUCUUUUAGACUUUUUUGGAAGGUGGGAUACUGAUGCCCGGUCUCAGCUGCAUUAAAAUCUUGGAGUUUUACUGUGGUUUUCAAGGACUGCUUGCACUGCCAUUGAUUGAUGCAUUGAGAAACAGCUUCUCAGUCUGAAUCAGGAAAUAACACCUUCUGACAACAGAAUGGUCUGCUCUGUACUUCUUGCUAUCCACACACCAUACCUUUAAAGCACUAGUAUACCCCUUUGAUAGUUUGGAGGAUCCUGGGAACUGUGGUUGAUUAAGGGUGCCUGGAAUGGUCACCUUGUGAGGUCAGCACCAAUAACAACCUACAAUUCCCAGGAUUAUCCAUGACUGGGUGUCAGAUUCCUCUUCCUGCUGUCCUUUCUGAAUAACUCCAUUCCAUCCCCCCUUUUUUCCUUCCAGUGGCUCAACAUUCCAUGUUGUUGAGUUAUUCUGGAUCCUUCUCUCUCUUGGUUUUUCUCUCUAGAGAUUUUCUGGAGCAUUUGCAAAUCUCAGGGUUACUCUGAGUCUGCCAAUACCUUUCUCUUUUGCGUGGGUGGUGCGGUUUGGGCUACAGAAGCAUGAACACAGAAAGACAUUAAUCAGAUUGGGGGGGGGAAUGAUAUUUAUACAGUAGGCUAAUUAAUUCAGAGUAAGUCACAAUUUUACAUCUACAUCACCAACGCAUGUGUUUUCCUUUACCUAACUGAUGGUGAUUCAGCUUCCAAGCAACACAGUUCCAAAUUUGCCUUCGGAAAGUAACCAUCCUUUAAAAAAACAAAAACAUUUAUAUGAAAUAAUACUGAGAAUGCUGCCACAACAGCAGUAAGAAUACUUAUUGCAAAGUAUUGGAAGACACAAGAUUUACCCACUCUGGAAGAAUGGCAGAUGAAGGUGAUGGACUAUAUGGAACUGGCGGAAAUGACUGGCAGAAUCUGAGACCAGGGAGAAGAGUCGGUGGAAGAAGAUUGGAAGAAAUUUAAAGACUAUUUACAGAAAUACUGCAAAAUUAAUGAAUGUUAGAAUGAUGUCAGAAUGAAGUUAAGUGGUUUUAGCAUUAAUGUUAUAAAGGUGUAUGUAAAAAUGGAUUGUUAACAGGUGAAAAUCCAAAGUUAUAAUAUGUUAAGUUAAAGGAUUAAGACAAAAACAAAGAGGGAAAGGAAUUGCUGAAUUAACUAACAGAACUGGAAUACAAAAAAGGGAGGUGUGAGGAGGUCAGGGAAGUAAGGAAAUGAAAUGUAAGGCAUGGAAAGACUGAUGUGUUUUUUUUUCUUUUCUCUUUUUAUUUAUGUAAUCCUUUCUUUGAAACUUUAAUACAUAUCAUUAAAAAAAAAAGAGAAUGCUAUCGGCUCCCUGCCCCAGUCCCCAAGAGACAGCCCUGAACAGGAGGGAUUUGGCUGUGUCAACUGAAAGUAAAGGGCAGGAGGCCUGGCUACCUGGCACAGAUAUUGCCAUCUUCUCAGUCAAAAAGUGAAGAGCUGAGGCAGCAGGUCACAAGGCAGGUGGGGAAGGAGGCUGGUGGGUUGUGCCAUGUCAAAGAGGUCCUGCCUCCUCUUAGGACCAGAUCAAAGCCCUCAUAGCAGGAUGGGCAAGCCUGAAAACCAAACAGGGGGCACGUUAUUCUCCUCACAAUAACCCUACAAAGCAAUAUAGGUAGGCUGCAAGAGAGUGACUGGGAGGCGCUUAGCCACUAAUCUUCAACACCAUCACAGACACACACGACCAUCACUGUGCUGUCAACCCCCUUCCCCUCCAGGGCCAGUGUCCUCCCCCCUGGUCCCCAUCUGUACCUUACAAAAAGUGGAGGCAGGGGCCUCCUUCCUUCCUUCCUUCCUUCCUUCCUUCCUUCCUUCCUUCCUUCCUUCCUUCCUUCCUUUCUUCCCUGCAUUGCAAGGAGUUGGACUACAGGGUGCUUUGGGUUCCUUCCAACUCUACAUUUCUAUUUAUUCUUUCCUUCCAGGGUGGCUGUGCAUCUUGCAAAAGGCAUUGCUAGGGGGACUUGUGUCAUCCGCCCUCUGAGCUGGCCUGUGGCAUUGUGUUUGGAUUGGAAGCACAUCCUGCCACCCUGAGAUCAAAGUUUUUAAAAGACGUUCUAAACUCUUUAAAAGGGAGAGGAGGGCAGGGGAAUUGGGGCCCAGGGGAAAAGAUGGAAUGGGGAGUUUGAGAUCCUGGAGCCAAAACUCGACAAUGCCCCUGAAGCCAAGUCACCUUGUGGGGAAUGGGUGAAGGUGUGUGUGUGUGUGUGUGUGUGUGUGUGUGUGUGUGUUCAGCCUGGAAAAGCAAAGGGAAGGUGCAACCAUCCCAUGGGCGUAGUCAGGAUUUUUGGUAGGGAAGGCAGGACUGGGGGGGGGCAGAACUGACAUGAUUGGUCAGUUAGUUACCGGUAAGUAUUUCUAUUGUUUUACUUGAUCUGGGGGGGGGCAGUUGCCCCCUGCGCCCCCUCCGGCUAUACCCAUGACUCAAAUGGAUACAAGCAGCAGUAAGUGGAGGCAACCUCCUCUCCUCCACCGCCGCCACCCCGGGCUGCUCCACAAGGUGGAAAUUGCAUGAAGCAGUUUUCGGUGAAGCCUUAAAAGGCAUUUCCUGAUGGUAAGAGCAGUUGACCGUGGGAAGGGGGCCUAUUUGGAGGGGGGAGCAGGCAUGUAAGCAGAACAAGAGAGCCACUUCUGAGGAAUGAUGUCAGGAACGUCCCUUCCCUGAGCGACAGCGAGUGCUCCAAGGAUCAAAGGGGGUGGCAGGCAGAAAGUGACAGAAGCUUGCUUUCUUCACAUGCAGAGAGUAAGGCAAGCCCUGCUCGUCCUGGAAUGCAAGUUGUAAAUUCCCAGGACAGUGAAAGGCAAGCAGUAGGGCAGCAGCUUUCAGGUACACUCUCAGGGAAGGAGGGGCAAACUAGACAAUCUGCUCAUGAGUCUCCUCGUACUGGAAGGAUGAGCAGAGCUCAGGCUUGGCGUCAGGCCAACAGAAGGCGGAGCAGAUGGCGUAUAUCCUGUUGGGAAAGAGCCCACCUUCCAGUGGGCUCAACUCACCCAUCGAGUGAGGAAGAUUGAGCUGUGUGCUCGGACUGAACUACUGUGUAAAUACCAAUACAGUGGUACCUCGGGUUACAAACGUUUCAGGUUACAAACGCUUCAGGUUACAAACUCUGCUAACCCAGAAGUAGUUGCUCUGGGUUGAGAACUUUGCCCCAGGAUGAGAACGGAAAUCGCGCGCCGGUGGUGCAGCGGCAGCAGGAGACCCCAUUAGCGAAAGUGCGCCUCAGGUUAAGAACGGUUUCGGGUUAAGAAUGCACCUCCAGAACAAAUUAAGUUCAUAACCCGAGGUACCACUGUCAAUCUGAAAGUUAUAAAACCGCCAGCCUGCUGUCUCUUGGUGAGGGAGGGAGAUUGUAAAUCCUGACAAAUGGUGUCAUGGCAGAGUUUGCGCAGGGUGGGGAGUUGAGCCAAGUGACCUCUAUGAUCUUGUCUAGUUCUAGGAUGAGUUUGUAAGUACUGUGAGGAGUGAGGGGUAGGCCCUUUGUUACAGUUUUUAGAAGGCUGCCAUGCAGUGGCUUACCAGAAGUCAAGGCAUGUCGAGGUGAGGCGGCUACCGGAACUUGUAUUAGGGGACCCCCCUUUGAUCCCCCCACAUUAACCUAAGUACUGGCCUUUGGGGAUCUCAUUCAAACCAUUUCAUUGAAGUGAUAUCUUGUACUGGACCAACUGAUAUAAGAGGAUGUAAGCCAGGCAUAGGCAAACUCGGACCUCCAGGUGUUUUGGGACUACAACUCCCAUCAUUCCUAGCUAACAGGACCAGUGGUCAGGGAUGAUGGGAGUUGUAGUCCCAAAACAUCUGGGCGUUUGCCUAUGCCUGAUGUAAGCUUUUGAGCUGCACAGGGCUCUUCAUCAGAGAAGUUUUGUGGAAUUCACCCUAUAUUAACAUCAAGUGGUUCGGUAAAAAAAAUCAAAUACUUUGUGUGUGCCUCCUGCAAUAAUAUGGAAGAAAAUGUAAAAGGACUGUAUGAGUUUAUUAUUGCCUGCCAGGGAAAGGGCCUUUUCAGUGGUGUCCCUCCAGCUUAUGGAAUACUUUCUGAGAAGGCUCAACUGGUGCCUAUGUUAGGCGUUUCUUUUGACACCAGGUGAAGACUGUUUGCUCUUUUAAAAUCCUAUGUUUUUAUUUCUUAUAACUCUUUCCUCACUCUUUUUGGGGGGGGCGUGUUUUACUGAUUUUAUGCUGUUGGGUGCUUUUACGCUGCUGUUUGUUAAUUGUGCUGGCAAUGCUUGUAAAUAUUGAUUGUUUUUAGCACUGUUGCAUUUGAAUUUCAUUGAUUUUAAUUCAUGAGCCGCCCAGAGGACACAGUUGAUUGGGUGGCAUAGAAAUGCCCAAAUCGAAAUAAAUCUGUGAUGGAAGCUCCCCCAUGGAAUUCCAGGGAGUUCCGCACAUCUUGCUAGAAGUGCAUCUCUCACUGGCUGGGCGCCUUCAUCAUGAUGGCCUCCCUGAGUGAAGCUGGCUUGUUACCAUGUCAGUCCUUUCACCUUUACUUCUCUGUUUACUGUCUGCUCCCAGAUUGCAGCCUUACUCAAAGACAAUGAGCGCAUCCAGUCCAAUCAGACCAAUGCACCCAACGACGAUGACAGUGACAUCAAGAAGAUCAAGAAGGUAGGCUCUGGUGUUUUAGAGAGCUUGGUCUCUGGUCCAGCCUUCCAGAUGUUUUGGACUCCCAUCAGCCUCGGCCAGCACAGGCUGGCAGAAGUUAGAGUCCAAAACAUCUGUCAUAAUUGAGGAGCAAGAGCUUUAUUAUAGCCAGUAGGUGGUGGUAAAGUGUCCUCUUCUGUGCUUUGCAAUGCCAUUAACCUCCAGGAAGGAGAGCAAACUUUCUGGCUAGGCUGGUGCUUGUGGUUUGCAACACCUGGAUGGUACCAGAGAAUGGGGAAGUCAAUGUCUCUGUGUGCUGUUGUGUUCUGUGCUUCUCUGUGUGGUAGGAAGGCCCAGGUGAUGUCUUUGUCACAGUGAUAUUGACACACAAAUGUGAGGAUAUUCCUGAGGGAUGGAAACAGGCACCCAGGAAGUCAUUGUCUGGAUCACAGCCACUGCAGGCCAGAUACCCCCAGAUCUCUCCACCAGCUCUCCCACAAAAAACAUUGGUGGGGGGUGGGGACAAAGAAAAAUGCACAGCUCCUGGCUGGGAAGAAGGAUUGCCCCCCCCCCAUCUGCAUUGGCUUCUAAAUAGUUUGGGUCUCUGAUCCUUAAUGCCUCUGAGUGGUCUUGCUUCUCCUUCUCCUUAUCUGCUGAUAAGACCCUGCUCCACAUUCCAGUAAAAUGAAGCACAGUUAGUGGGGAGGUAAGACAGGGACUUUGAGUUUGUGGCACUUGGGAGGCUCACCUUCCUCCUGUGUGAUCAUAUUUGGCUUUUCAGAGAUUAAUAAAGGCUCUUUUAUUCAAUCCACUCUUCAGUCCGCGCUGACUCUGCACCCAGAAAUUAGUUACUGCUUCUCUUUGUAUACUGUUUUGGCUGCUGUGUUUUUAUCUUUAUAAUAUUACUUUAUUGUACUGAAAAUGUGACCGAAUGCUGUUUUGUGGACUUUGGGAAAAAAUAAAAAAUAAUCAUCCAGUGAAUUUUGAAAAUAAAUAAACUCAUCCUCUCCUCAGAGCUCCUGGUUCACAAGAUGCAGGGUGGCUAAUCGCUGGACUACUCUUCAAUCUCCAUCUAUAAAAGGAGACUUCCCAGUGAACCAUUUCAAGGGUGCUCAUGGUGGGAGGGCCUCCAUUUUGGACUCCUACAGAUUCCCUGGGCUCUUAUGCACACCGUAUUCCCCAUAGACCAUGGCGGAUUACCUUUGCUAUGGAUUAGUUGAGGGAGAUUGGCCAGGAAGCAGAUACAAAAUGUUUGCUUGCUUAAAUUGAUAUUUUAAUGCCACUUUUGGCUCUGCAAAGAGUCCCUAAAGCAGCUUGCAGAAAAAGACAAGUAAAAGCAAUAAAAUCAAACAAGGAAAAUAAAACACUGACUUGUUAUAUGUCUAGACACCAUUGCUCACUAAAACAGAGCAGCAAAAGGACUCAGUUUACUGGGCCAGAUAACAGUAGUGCUGGCUGCAAAAGGACCACAUAGGAACACAGGAAGCUGCCUUAUAGCAAAUCAGAACCAUUGGUCCAUUUUGAUCAAUAUUGGCUACACUGACUGGCAGCGGCUUCCCAGGAUUUCAGGUAGGAGUUUCUUCCAACUCUAGCUAGAGAUGCCCGUGGGGAUUGAACCUAGAAACUUCUGCUUGCAAGGCAGAUGCUGUACCACUGAGCUAUGGCCCUUCCCCUUUUUACUAUUCUUUUAGAGGUGGAGAAGAAGGGACCUUCCCAAGGGAGGGUAUAUUGGAGCCAAGAAGGCCCCACAGGUGUGCCAAGGCACUUUUGCCCACAGCACUGUCAGGCUGUGAACCUGAACUUUCGGAGGGAGGGAAGGGGUGCUGCUCUAUCCAGAGCACGCUGACUGCCCAUUCCUGGGUUAGGCUUCAACUGCCCCCAACAUUUGCCUUGUCUGUAGGGAAAAGGUUCCAGUCCAACACAACCUCCAGAUUCCAAGUGCCUCCUUGUCUUAUGAUGGAAAAAAGGAUGGGGUGGGUGGAGAUCUGAGUGGAUGUCAUCUACAUACUGAUGGUGAUCCUGCUCUCCAGCUCCCCAGAUGAUCUCUUCCAGCAGCUUCAGGUUGAUGUUAAAGCAACACGGGGGCGGGAGAUGGGGGGAGAUGAAUUCCUGCAGAAGGAACCCUGGCUACUUACAUUUGGCAGGCUCUGGUGUUUCCUGGAUUCUCGCUAAAGAAUCUCCAGGCUUCAGUUUGUUUCUUCAUCCUUGCCCUUUCCUUGCAGUUGGAGGUUCACCCACACAAAAACCUCCCUCGCCUCUCAGAUGGAAAUCUUGCAUUGAUUUACGUCGUAGGACCUGCAGCGUUUCAUGCUGCCUGUCACCCAGGAGAUUCCAAGCAGGGGAGCGGGGGAACCACCCUGUCGUUUCUUCAUUGAGCUUAGGAAACACAAAGGCGUCACUUGGAGCUCAUUAAGAGGCUGUAGUUUCUGGGCUGCUUGAGGGCCCCCUAUACCUGCCCACACGGUUGGUGAGACCUAGUGCAGACUGCCACCUCUCCAUGAUGUGUGGGGAGGUGUCUGGGAGUGGGGAGCAAAUAGGUCCCCUCUUAUAGGUCCAGGUGAAGGCUACAGCAGCCAACCCAAUCCUGGAAACUUUUGGUACCCAGAUGAAAGACUCGAUGAGGACAAGGCUAUGACUCCUUUCUCAUGAGAGAACCCCUGAUACUGGGAGAACUCCUGGUACUGAAUUGGGGCCCUCUCAACAGGGUGGGCACAGCCGUGAAACCAUCCUUGGGCUCAGAGGAUGAGUUCCCUGUGCCAAAUGUCUAUCUUCUCAGCCUUGCAGAAAUCAAAGAUGGCAAAACCCGGUAGGGGACCAAGGUGGAACAAGCCACAUUACAGACCUUGUCAGCCUACAGAAGACUUCCAUUGGGUCUAGCUCCCUGUUGGAGGCAGCAGUGCUUCUGAAUGCCAGUUGCUGGAAACCAUAAGAGAGGAGAGUGCUAGUGUGCUCAAAUCCCACUUGCAGGCUUUCCACUGGGGCAUCUGGUUGGCUGCUGUGAGAAUAGGAUGCUGGACUAGAUGGGCCAGGCUCUCCUUAUGUUCUGACUAAGUAGGGGAUCCUCAACUAGCAAUGCUCAUUUGGAGCUGUCCGAGGUCCUGAUUUUAUCUUCCUUCUGUGACAGAGCUUCUGACCAAUCUUCACUGGCUUGAUCUGAUUUUGCAUCCUAUGACUUGCAUCCGGCUAUUUUGGCCAGCCUCUGCCUGCCUUGCCUUGACUUCACCAGAUACCAUCUCCUUCCCCCAUGUGCCUCAAGUUCCCAUAGAACAGAAUACCAGGCCAAUGUGGCCUGCAGUUCAGGGAAGGGCAUAUAGAACCUGCUUUGCAUGCAGAAAAUCCCAGGUUCAAUCCUCAGUGGCUGCUCUAGUUAAAAGGCCCAGGUAGUUAGGGAUGGGAAGCCCUGCUGGACUCUCCAGAGAGCCACUGCCAGCGAGAGUCAACAAUACUGGGCUUGAAAGGCGUAUUAAUGUGUUGUAAUUGGUGUUUCAAUCUGCUCUUAUUUAUGUAUUGCGUUAUCUGUAGCAAAUGUUUCUGUGUAUAUACCCUUUGGUGCCAGUGCGUGACGGUGCUUAGAGACAUAUCAAAGCCUUUCCUGAGAGUGGGAUUGGCAUGCUAGGUACAAGUGCAAACAUAGAGUAUAUAUACAAUAUUUACACUUCCAAAAUCCAAGGCCCUGGGGGCAAUCUGCCUGAGCUUUACGCACCGAUCCAGAAGUGUUUCUGUUUCCACCAAGAUUUAUAUAGGGUCUGGUUGUGGGUUUCCCAGCAGAGAAGGGAAGUGACCUCAUGCAUGCUCAGAGGCACUCUUUUGUUUCAUAGGAACCCCCAGCCACUGGAACACAUUCUGAAUCCAAAAUAGAUUAAUGCCCUGCAAUUCUGUGUUUUAAUAGGUACCUGUGUGCACAUAGAUAUUAAAUACACCAUAUAAUAAUAAACAGAAGAGCAGUCAGUGAAGGGCACUAUCUAAUCUCAGGGAAAUAAUUGAAGCUUUAUAAAUACAGAAGGGACCGAUAGAUCUGUUCUAGCCCCUACAAAAUGAGACUGAUGAAUCUCUUUGCAGAGCUGGGAUGGGUGUGAUGAAAUCUUGCUGGGAUCUUCCUUGCGCCAAUUUGAAAGCUCCAUGCCGAAUGGUCACCUAGUACUUCUCCCUGUUGCUUUGUGUGAUCACCUUAUGAAACUUCUUGUCUUUUAUCAGGUCCAGAGCUUUUUACGAGGCUGGUUGUGCAGGAGGAAAUGGAAGACCAUCAUCCAAGACUACAUCCGCUCACCUCAUGCGGACAGCAUGCGGAAGAGGAACCAGGUGGUCUUCAGCAUGCUGGAAGCUGAGGCAGAGUAUGUUCAGCAGCUGCACAUCCUGGUCAACAACUUCCUGCGCCCACUGAGGAUGGCUGCCAGCUCCAAGAAGCCCCCUAUCACCCACGACGAUGUCAGCAGCAUCUUCUUGAACAGGUGAGUAGGGGCCACUUCUGGCUAUAUCUGGCUCAAGGAAAGCAACGUGGUAUUCCAGGGUUUAAAACAACAACAACAACAACAACAACAGAAGCUAAUAGCCCCACAGUUAUUUGUUUUGCUUGGGUGUGUUAGAUUUAUACCCUGCCUUUCAACUUUUCAAAAAGUCUGCUUGGUGGCUUAUAACCAGAUUUAGUGUGUUUUAUUUUACUUUUGCAAGCGUAACAAAAAAGGGCUUUGGGGAGCCUGUUGCUAAAAACUCUAGGACAACAAAAACGGUUUCUUAUUUAAGAGCUGGAAACCAGCCAGUGAGAGGCUAUUGAACCAUGAAAUGCAGGAAGCUGAAUUAAUUCUUUGUGUCUGACUUCACCACAGAAAAUGUAGAGGAGAUUCUUCUAGCAGAACUGAUUCCCCCCACCCCCCACCGGUCAGGGAGGGAGGCUGAAAAAUUGAGUCAAGUAGAGGUGACAGGAUGAAGUUCUGGGUCUUGCCAGCAAAUUAGCAAGUAACAAAUCACCAGGGUGAUCUAGUAGACAUAAUAUGCUUGGACACAUGAAAGGCUUUAAAAAAUGGCAGGAUCAGAGAAUGUGUCUCUGGUCCUCAAGAAUUUUCCAGACUACAACUCUCAUCAUCAUCAUCUUUGUCCAUUGGCCAUGGUGGCUUCUGGGACUGCUUGAAUUUGGAGUCUAACAACAUUUGGAGGACCACAGAUGUAAAAAAUAAAUAAAAUGUAUUUAUUUAACCACUUAUAUCCCACCUUUCUUCCAAAGAGCUCAAGGUGGCAUAAAUGGCUCUCUUCCUCCCCAUUUUGUCCCCACAACAACGUUGUGAGGUAGUUUAGGUGGGCUGAGUGCAGAUUCGAAGCCUAGACUCCCAGGUCCUAGUCCAACCCUCCAACCACUACACCAUUCCUGGCUCUCAUGUUUCCCCCCACCCCAUGUCAUAAGUUAUGCAAGCACUGGACAGUGUGUGCACAGUCAGGCAAGGGGGAUGUCCCAAGUGCAGGAUCCUUCGCCACCUUCCAGCAGUGACUUGCAAGGAACCUGCCGGCCACCCAAGUUGUUCAUGCAGCAACUGCCGCAUUUCUGGUUGAAUGCAGCCCCCUCUAAAGGUGCAUCUGGAAAGAAAGUGCAGGUGUGUCAGUCAGGACUUGGGUGUGUGCUAGAUAUGCUCUCUCUAACACACACUAACACACACACACACACACACCACUUUCUAAAAAUACUUCCUACAGGGUGGGCUUUGUUUCCACAGAAAGGAGGGCACAGGCCAAAUUAGCUUCCAACUCUGGUGAAUUAGAACAAAUGGAGCCCUGGGCUAAAUUCUGCCAGGACUGAGCUCUCGCUGCACCCCAAAUCCAGGCACCAGCAGCUCCUGUUUUUGCUCGCAGCUGAAAUCGCCUGGCCUGUUGCUCAGCGCUCCCCCUCCCAGACUGUUUCUGUUGUUAUAGCUACUGGUGCAUUAGAUCAUUCCUAGCAGGGGUAGAUGCCAAGCCUGGCAUUCAGCAGUAGGCAGGCUUCACAAGCUCCUCACCAUCCUAUUAAGCACUAAUGGAGCCUUCAGAUAGGCAUAGCAAGGGGCUGUGCAAAUGCACCGCCAGGGGCCUCCUCCAGUGCUGGAACUGGGAUGGCCAGAUCCUGCCCUGCAGUAGCCCAUGAGGAAGGAUUCUGGCCUGGCAGGCUGGACCACCUCAUCAAGAGAGCAGCCUUCCUCCUAGUGCCUGGAUCAUUUCCUGCCUCAUCUGGCCCCAAGCUCCAUUAACUCCUUCCUCCACCUUUCUGACCUUGUCAAGCCCUGUUAGCAGGGCACACAUCUCCAAGUCUGUGUGUAUCUCUGUGUGCCCUCAGGCAUGCUCCAGUUUUCCAAAGAAUCCCCAGUUUCUACUACGAUGGCACUUUAAAACUCCACAUUGCAGCUCCAGAACACAUCCUUCUCGAUCAGUGCUAUACCUUGUGGCUGUACUAAAACAUACCUCCCAAACAUGCAUUCCUAGGACUCUGUUGUUUUCCUGUACUCUGUGGUGACCCCCAGCGGACUUAGGCUGCAUAGACACCAUGCUUUUAAAGUGCACUUGGAGCACAUUCUUUUCCUCAAAGAAUUGUGGGCCCUGUAGUUUACCCCACACCGCUUUUUAAUUUCCAGCAACCCUUAACAAACUAUAGCUCCCAGAAAUCUUUGAGAUGGGGAAAAUGUGCUUCAGAUCAUGGGACCUGUAGUUUAAGGGUGCUGAGAAUUGCAGCUCUGUUAGGAGAAAUGACAGGGAUGAGGGUGGUUCUGUGGGUUAAACCACAGAGCCUAGGACUUGUCGAUCAGAAGGUCGGUGGUUCGAAUCCCUGCAACGGGGUGAGCUCCUGUUGCUCAGUCCCAGCUCCUGCCAACCUAGCAGUUCGAAAGCACGUCAAAGUGCAAGUAGAUAAAUAGGUACCGCUCUGGUGGGAAGGUAAAUGGCAUUUCCGUGCGCUGCUCUGGUUCGCCAGAAUCAGCUUAGUCAUGCUGGUCACAUGACCCAGAAGCUGUACGCCGGCUCCCUCAGCCAAUAAAGCAAGAUGAACGCCGCAACCCCAGAGUCAGCCACGACUGGACCUAAUGGUCAGGGGUCCCUUUACCUUUACUUUUAAGGAGAAAUGACAGUUCGUAUGAUUAUUGGUGGGUGAGUGUGCAUUAAACAUACAGUAUAGUUUGGAUGCAGGGCGAGUAUCUGUGAGCUACCUUCCUCACUGGAUAAGUGCUUGAACAUCUGCCAUGGAUGGCAUCACCAGAAAUGCAACAGAGCAGUUUGUUCUUGCCACCUUCCCACAAGGCAGGAUAAUUGCUUGGCUGGUAUCCAUACUUCCACGUGUCCUGCAGAUUGACAGCAGUCUGCCCAUCCUAGUCCCUCUGUGGCUGAAGAAUCCCUUCCUCUCUCCCAGGAGUGCAGGGAUCAUUAGUGGGAAUGAAUGGACAGCAGAAGUGAUGCUUCAGUUUGAAGGAAGAGGGCAAUGUUCACUUUGGGCUGCUGUUGAAAUAUUUUACUGGCUGCCAGAUUCUUCUGCUGAAAGUCAGGGGCUGGUGAGAACCAGUAUCAGAUGAAAGGCGUUAUUGGUUAUCUCUUCCCACCUGCCCCCCCCCUUUUUGUAUGAAGACACCUGUGCCCAGACAAAGCACAUGGAAAGAUGUGCACAGGUGUUCUGAGCUGUGUGAAGCAAGACCAGGUGUUAUGUACUGAAGUUCUCACCCUGGGCCAGCAGGGGGAUACUGUAGAUAGUUCAGGUCCACAUAUGCAAAUAAGGGAUCAAAAGUGACGUUCAGUGAUUGGAUAGUUAUAGAAAGUUGUUACAGUUACGUUGUACUGGAGCUCUAUAUAAGCAGGCUGGCUGAACCCUUCAGUUCAGUUCUGUUCUGGCCUGUGAAUGAACAAGAGCUGUUUGAAGAAUCGCUGUGUCGUCUGAUAUGUUCACCCACAACUUAACACCAGGCUUGUCCGAAUGGAAGGAGGCCAGCAGCGCCCAGUUGAGCAGGUUUGCUGAAGAAGAUACAAAUCUGUGUUGCGACUACCAUGUAUAUUUCUGGCCACCUCACCUCGAAAAGGAUAUUGUAGAGUUGGAAAAGGUUCAGAAAGGGGCAGCCUAACUGAUCGGGGGGGGGGGGGGGGGUUAAAUGCAGAAAGGUUGUGGCAUUUGGAACUUUUUAGUUUAGAGAAAAGGGGAGUGAGAAGCAACAUGAUAGAAGUUUAUAAAAUUAUGCCUGACGUGAAGAAAGUGGAUAGAGAAAAGUUUUCCUCCCUCUCUCAUAACACUAGAAGUCCUAUGUUUGCAGAGAAUAAAAGGUUCAUUCUUAAGAACUGAGCACUCACUCCUCAUACUUUUUGAACCCUGGGAGCACCAGGAGGAUGUCUCACAAUGGCUCCCCCGUCUGAUUCAUUUUCUUUUCUCUUUCAGUGAAACGAUCAUGUUUUUACACCAGAUCUUUUACCAGGGCCUGAAAGCACGCAUCUCCAGCUGGCCAACCUUGGUGCUAGGUGAGUGUUACUCUUUGCUCUUUGUUCUCUUCCUGGUUUAACAGGAGGGCAAGCGUCAACCACAACAAAAUGUUGCCGCACAGAGUUGCUCCUAUUCAGCCACGACCUCUCCUCGGAUGCUGCACUCCAUGCCCUCACAACAACCAGCCAAUAUCCUGUGCCCGCUAGGGUCCAGGGUAGAGUCAACAGGGGCUGGCUGUAUCUCCUACACCCUCCUCUUCUCACUGUCGCCUGUUUGCUCACAGCUGACCUCUUUGACAUCCUGUUGCCGAUGCUCAACAUCUACCAGGAGUUUGUCCGGAACCACCAGUACAGCCUGCAGAUCCUGGCUCACUGCAAGCAGAACAGGGAUUUCGACAAGCUGCUGAAGCACUAUGAGGCCAAGCCGGACUGCGAGGAGCGGACGCUGGAAACUUUCCUGACAUACCCCAUGUUCCAGGUGUGGGAGGAAGCAGCAGGGGUCUGUCACAAGGGGGUGCCCAAGACAGCCUCUCUCUCCUUGCCCAAGUGCAAGGAGAAAUUCCAGUGUAGAUCCCUGGUGCCAGGGAUGCCAACUUGAAUAAAAUAUUGGGGGGCCCAGGUAAACCCCACCCGCAUAAUUGAUCAAAAAUAUUUUAUUGGGGGUGUGGAUCUGAAGCAGUGGCAUGCAGUGAAAUUUUUCAUAGGGGAACAGUUAGGGCCAGAGGCGCUAGGUUGCGAAGAGGAUGGGGGGUUGAAGUCAUGCAUGUGACAUUGUGGCAUCCUGAUGUCACGCACGUGAGCAUCACGCUUGCCUCCCUAAACCAGUCAGAAGAUUCCCAGGCUUUGCAAAGGCAGUACCAGGGCUCUGACAGGAUGCUGGAGCCCUUCUGCCUCAUUCCAAAAGCUGGAUGGGCUUUGGGAAGAUGGCAGGAUGGAUCUUAAACCCAUCACAGCCUUGCACCUCCCUCCCUAAGCCAGGCAGAAGCUUCCUGGGCUUUGGGAAGGAGGCACCAGUGGAACAUUUAGGGGACUAGUCACUAGCCUAGUCCCCUUAGUCCAAUAACCGCACACCCCUCAGUCCCUAGGAGCUGACUCUUAUGCCUGUUGCUGGGAAGGAACAGAACUGCAGGGUGUCUUUUUAAAGCCUGGCUCUUUCUGAAUCAGGUCUCUUAAGUACCCUAUUAACAUUUGAAGAGAUUUGCAGGGUAUUUGUGACAAGCUGGUUUAGGGCAGAUCAGGCCAUUGCUCUUGGGGUGGCCAUUUGGGGUGGAGAGCCUCACUUUUUGAGCAAUGGGGCCCAAUACAUUUUGCCCACCCCCAACACAAAAAAGAGGCCUGAGUGAACUAGAGCCACCUUGCCUCACCUGGUGCUCUCCGGACAUUUUGGACCAAUGCCAAUGCCAUUUUGGAUGUUCUGCCAGUGGCCAUGCUGAGCUUCCCCCACUUAUUCUCAACAGCUAUGGGGAUUCUAGGGCAGCUCCAAAAAAAAUGCAUAAACCAAAUAGCUUGGAUGGAAGAUCCCCAGAAUUUCUUCCUGCUGCUUCCAGGUCUUACCUGUGGACUUUUCUGCAUUGCAUGGAAUUGUUCUUCCCCCCUCUCUCACCUGUCUCUUCUUCGCCCAGAUCCCCAGGUACAUCUUGACGCUGCACGAGCUCCUGGCUCACACGCCCCACGAGCAUGUGGAGAGGAACAGCCUGGACUACGCCAAGUCCAAGUUGGAGGAGCUCUCCAGGUGGGGAGAUUUGGGAGUUCAGGCUGUAGGGUGGAGGGUGUGGUGUGUUGAAUUUUGGGCUCAAAUUUUGCCAUGAGGUUCUGGUUCUGGAAGGCGAGAAUGUAGCCGGGUGCUACGUGACUGUAUGUGCACCCCCGAAUACUCGCCGCCAUCCAUGGAGAGAGCUCCCCACAGCACGCUUAGCUCAGCGCCUUAAUGAAUGCUGAACUUCUCACAUUUUUGUAUAAUUAUCACAUUGGGGAAAACAAGCCUCCAUCUGUACUCCAGCAGAGACACCGUGUUCAGGAUGUGUGAAGGGCAGGAUGACAAGGCAGCAUAUGCUAUUUUAGAAAAUGCUGAGAAGGGAAAACACACAUCCCCGAGGAGAAGUUUCAAGCUUGCUUGAGAAACUUCAAAGGCGUGCUGGUCUCGGAGAGACUCCCCGUCUUCGGUUAGACCCAGGACUCUUCCACUGGCCAAGGCCUGGCCACAUGGGCCAGCUGGUGGGAAAGGGGCUCUUGUUGGGUCAGGCAGAGGAAUCAUAGAAUCAUAGAACUGUAGAGCUGGAAGGGAUCCAAAGGUCUAGUCCAGCCCAGUACAAUGGGGGGUGGGGAGGUGUGAGCAUCCUGCCAUCUCCUCCCUCCAGCUUAAGUGAUGGGGACCAGCUCUACCAUUAGGCAGAGGGAGAGAGCUGCCUCAGGUGGCAGGUGCUGGGAAUGUGGGGACUGGCUGAGAGGCCUUAGAAUCAUAGAACCAGAGAGUCAUAGACUUGGAAGGGACCCGAAGAUCCAUCUAGUCUAACCACCUGCAACGCAGGAACCCUUGGUAACCCACAUGGGCUGCCUGCCAUCCUCUACUAAGCUGCCCUCAGGGGCACUGGAGGGUGUUGUCAUGUCACCCAUCUUGAAAUAAGAUUCAGCUUAUAGAAUCCAGUCCAAUGAACUUCUGUCCAUGGAAUGGGAGGGGUGCCAUUUUGUCCUUCACCUCAGGCAGAUGAAUGGCUGAAGAAUGGUCCAGCGAGUGACCUCCCCUCUUCCCGAAUGGCCUUUCUGUUCUCCUUGGGGUGGAGAGAAGGCACAGAGAACAGCCGCCUCCCCUGAAAACCAGCUUUUCUGUCAACCCUUCACCACAAAUGGCUUAAACUGGUGGAAUGCUUGCUACACUUGGAACUAUGCUGAAUGCUAACUCUGUGCCAGGAGCUGUUAUCCCCCCCCCCCACCAUCUAUGGGUCCAUUUUCUGGACUAGGGGUGGGGAAAUAAAAUCAGCUGUAGCCGUCCCAAUGCAGUUGGCGUUUUGCUGACCUUUUUCCUCUUCCCGUAGGAUAAUGCACGACGAAGUGAGCGAGACAGAAAACAUUCGGAAGAACUUGGCAAUUGAAAGGAUGAUAAUCGAGGGGUGUGAAAUCUUGCUGGAUACCAGCCAGACAUUUGUCAGACAAGGUAGCUUCCCUGCAGAGGAGAGACAGAGUGGCCUUUUCUAGCCUCUCAGCACAGCACCAUUUCCAGGCCAUUGCUACCCAGUCACCCCUUUGGUCGGGGCAGACCAUGAUGGUGCCCUCCAGAUGCCGUUGAACUCCAACUCCCAUCAUUCCCCUGAGCACUGGCUGUGUUAGAAAUCAUUUGUAGAGUUGGAAGGGACCCCAAGGGCCACAUAGCCCAACACCUUGCAAUGCAGGAAUCAUAGCUAAAUAAUCCAUGACAGGUGGCCACCCAAACCCUGCUGAAAAGCCUCCACUGAAGGAGAGUCCACCAACUUCCCAGGUGGUCCAUUCCAUUGCAAAACAGCUCUUGCCAUCAAAAAAGAUAUUUAAUGAUAGCUAUCACACCACCUUUCAAGUCUCCUCUUCUCCAGGCUAAACAUAUCCAGCUCUCUCAACCAUUCCUCAUAAGGCUUGGUUUCCAGACCCUUGGUCAUCAUAUUCACCCUCCCCUGCACACAUUCCAGCUUUUCAAUACAGUGGUACCUCAGUUUAUGAACUUAAUGCGUUCCGGAAGUCCGUUCUUAAACCAAAACCGUUCUUACACCGAGGCGUGCUUUCUCUAAUGAGGCCUCCCACCACCGGUGCCCUUCCACCAUUCGGAUUCCAUUCUUAGACCGAGGUAAAGUUCUCAAACCGGGACACUAUUUCUGGUUUUGCAGAGUUGGUAAACCAAAUUGUUCUUAAACCGGACUGUUCUUAAACCGAGGUACCACUUUAUCCUCCUUAAAUUGUGAUGCCCAGAAUGGGACACAAGACUUCUGUGGACGCAGCCUAGAAUUGCAUUAGCUUGGGGGGGGGCGGGUUGCUAAUUAGAUGUUGUCUGGGACUGAUGGGAUUCCUAGAGCACUACAGGUUGGCUCCCCCUACUCUUGAGGAGCCCUCCUCUUCUGUUGGGGAGUGAGAGGGGACGAUCCAGUCCAGGGCCAAGCUAAUGACUCUUGCCUGCUGCCCCAGCCUGUCUCCUGACUGUGGUGCCUGGGAAGGAAGAAUGGCAUGUGCCCAGCCCCUGUGACCUGGUGUUUUUCCUCCUCCUCCAAGGUUCCCUCAUCCAAGUGCCGAUGUCCGAGAAGGGGAAGAUCACGCGGGGUCGCCUGGGCUCCCUUUCCCUGCGGAAGGAGGGUGAGAGGCAGUGCUUCCUCUUCUCCAAGCACCUGAUCAUUUGCACCAGAGGCUCAGGUGGGAAGCUGCACUUGACCAAGGUGAGUGGAUGGGAGCAGGUGGCACCUGACCUUGCAGUGGAGGGCAGUGGGUUUCCAGAUACCCCACCCUCUGCCCUCGGAAGCCCUCUAAGAAGUUGCUGCAGGAGAGGGACUGUGAGCAACAUCGUGGGAGGGGUGAAACUAGGACCAAGGUGAAACUGCCAGGCUCCCUUGUUAUUUUUGCUAUUGAGUGCUGGGUGUUGUUUGCGUAAUCUUGUUCUAUUUAUAGUAUUGCCAUGUUGCUUUUUAUAUGUUAUUAUAUUUGCCAUUGUGUUGUUUUGCUCUGUUAUUAUGACAUUAUUAUUUUUUUGCAAUGUUUACUUUUGAAAUGCCUUUCUGUUUUCCUUGUCAUAAAAUGAGUGGCUGGCAGGUGGGAAAGGGAUCCAUUUCCCACUCUUUGAAGAAGCUCCAGUCUCCCGUCACUCCCCUGAAAACUCCUCUUGUAGGCCACGCAUGUCCCGGGAAAGAGACUUCCACAACUCUUUCAGAACAUCUCCAGCCAUAGCUUUUUUACACUGUUGGUUUCUACCUUGUGAAGGAAAGCUGAGUGUGGAGUUCCUUGGCUCUGUGGACCCAGGAAGGGGGCCUGAGUUGGACCGCGACACCCUUUCGAUCACCUUUGUGAAUGAACAGUUUAUAUCCAAAAAUCCCAGGCUGCAUGUGCACACAUACAUUUGAAUCCCAUUAUUUUCCUCAAAGGAUCCUAGAAAGUGUAGUUUACCCAUUGCAGAGUGACAGUUCCCAGGAGCUUGAACAAAGUACAGUUCCCAGGAUCCUUUGGGGGGGAAUAAUGGGCUUUAACUGUAUAGUGUUGGCAUAGCCCCAGUCAGAAACCGCAUGUCAACCCCCCACCCCACCCCAGUACAGCUUUAGAAACAUUCAGUGGGUGGAGUAAUGGAAACCAUACAUGGGGCAUGAGAGGCAUUUCUGGUCCAGAGUGGAGAGCUGUGCCUGAGAAAAACUUGCAAUAAACCAGGUAAGGACUCUGCAAAUUGGAAAGGGUGAAAUCUGGCUUGGCCAAGACACCUACUAAAGAGCUUGUGCAAAUUGUUCAUGUCCCUGGCAGGUGAAAUCAAAGGGUAGGUGCUGCCAUACUAAAAGAGGUAUAAGGGAGUCAUUGGAGCACCCCACAAUAGCCUAAACUUGGCUCCCAUAGGUUCAGGUCAGAGGUCACAAGCAAGAGACUUCAGCCAGGAGAUAGAAGCAAAACAGCGCCCAGUAGGCCUGAUCUUUAUUGUUGCAACAAGACUUCAAACUACCACACAGAAGCAGCAGAGAGAAGCCCCGAACAACGGUUACAUCAGUACUUUAAAGUUUCCCAAAGUUUCCCAUAAUACAUUUCCAGAAGCAUCAUCAAGACAUCAUAGAUAUGUCACAGAGAUCCAGGCAUGCCCCUGUCACUCAAAUAUAAUCUUUCACAUGUACUCCAUCCUAGUACAAAGGAAAGCAAUUACAGUUCUCUGGUCCCUAAGUCAAGUCAAAUACACCUCUUUGUCUUGUCCUGGCUUCAGCCCUGACUAUCACUAUUGUGAUUGAGAUGCUUAUCUGUCUGACACUUUUGGGGCAGGAUAUCACAGGUUAUGAAGAUGCCUUGGGAAGGCCCUGCAGAUGUGACUGUACAUCUCAGAGAUUAUUGUGGGCUCACUCACCCCUCCCCUUACACCUCACUUCCCUGGGUCCUAAAUGCCAUUGGAACUAAGAAGAUUGAUACAACGGUGUGAUUUCUUAGGAAUUUCUAAAGUUUUCCCAUUGAGCCAGUACAUAGAUAUAUUUAUCAGUGAUUUGGUAAUGUGCAGCAGAGGCUCUUUGUCAUUGCCUUGUAGUGUAGUGCCAAUUCCGCCGAUCAAAGGGUGUCUAUGGGGCAAGACAACCUUGUAGGUACUGUAAACUGGUCCCAAGUUGCUAAGGGCUUUAUAUACUAAUAGAAACACCUUGAACUUGGUCUGGCAUUUGACUUGACACCCUCACUGAUGUAGCCAGUAAGUUAUAACAUCCAAACCUAGAGAGGCAGGUCCCACUAGGCACCACCACCUCCUGCCCCUCCUCUGCCUCCCCAGGUGGAAGGAAAGACCUGCAAGAGAAACAGGGUGGUAAGAACUUCCCGCUCGAGCGGCUCCCUCCUCAUACUUCUUUCUUUAUUCCAGAAUGGUGUGAUCUCCCUCAUUGACUGCACCCUGGUGGAAGACACAGAGAGCACAGAUGAGGACAGUAAGUACAACUCAGACCUUAGGCAAAGUCUACAAACCAGAGUGAGCCUCCUUCCUUGCCCCCUGCAAACUUUGGCCCACCCACACGACACAUUUAAAGCAGUACCACACCACUUUAGACAGUCAUGGCUUCCCCUAAAGAAUCCCGGAAACUGUAGUUUGGUAAGGGUGCUGAAAGUUAUUUGCUGUUGUUGUUUAGUUGUUUAGUCGUGUCCGACUCUUCAUGACCCCAUGGACCAGAGUACACCAGGCACUCCUGUCUUCCACUGCCUCCCACAGUUUGGUCAAACUCAUGUUAGUAGCUUUGAGAACACUGUCCAACCAUCUCGUCCUCUGUCGUCCCCUUCUUCUUGUGCCCUCCAUAUUUCCCAACAUCAGGGUCUUUUCCAGGGAGUCUUCUCUUCUCCAGGGAGUCUUCUCUUCAGUUAUUAGGAGUUAUUAGGAAACCCCUAUUUCCUGCAUAGAGCUAUGGUUCCAAGACUUCACUGGGGGGGGGGGAUAUUGGUUGUUAAAUGACUCUGGGAAUUGUAGUUUUGUGAGGGGAAUAGGGUGGGUGUGUCUCCUAACAUCUCUUAGCACCUUUAUCCAACUAUGGUGCAGAUGUGGUCUGAAAAUAUUGAAUUUUCUAUGUGCAAUUAUAUGCAAUGCUAUUCCCAUCUGCUCCAUCUGCAUUAUACAUUUGAAACUCUAUUGUAUCAAUUUAAACAGCCUUGGCUUCCCCCAAAGAAUCCCACCUCCCAGAGCUGCAAGUCUCCUGCAAAACUUCUGGUCAUCUAGCAGCUCAAUAUUGCCGACACUGACUGGCAGUGGCUCUCCAGGUUUUCAGACAGAGGAUAUUUCCCAGCUCUUGCACCUGGAAACAUCACCAAGGAAUGAACCCAGGACUUUUUACACACACACACACACACAGAGAGAGAGAGAGAGAGAGAGAGAGAGAGAGAGAGAAACUUAAAUGUAUAACAAACAAGACUAAUAAAGUAUUCCAUCAAUUCAAGGGGAGAGGGAGAGGUAAAGAAAUGAAAGAUAGGAAAAAGAAUACAGUAUAUAUAUGAGGGCUAGGCAUGCUGUGUGUUAGAGCUUUGUCUAAAUGUUAUGCAGAAGUCUGUAGAAUUAAAAGGUAUGUAGGUUUAAUUCAUGCAAGGUGAACAAUAAGUGCUCUCUUUUAUACAAUAUGCAUUGCAUCUGGACCUUAAACAUAUAAAUUGGUCAGGGAAACUUCUGUGAACAUGAAGAAAAAUUAAUAAUAAUAAUAAUAAUAAUAAUAAAUUUUAUUUAUAUCCCACCUUCUCCAGCCAAAGCCGGGCUCAGGGCGGCUAACAACAAUAAAAUAAUACAACAUUCUAAAAUCAUUUCAUUAUAAAAUUAAUUUAAAUCAAAUUGAUGGCAACCAUUGGGCUAGAAUUCUGUGAAGAUUUAAAUGAAAUAAAAGAAUUUUUAAAAAGAAAGAACCUGCACCUUUUUCCAUGCAAAGUAGAUGCUCUGCUUUCCCCACCCUACAGUUUAAUUGAAGCUGGCCUAUGAAGUGGUUAAAAAUUGUAUCUGUGAAGUUAUAUUUUGAAAAAUGACUAAAUUCCAGUGUGGGGAGAAUCACAGAUGGUCCCUGAGCAAAGACUGAGCCUGAAGCUGCCAGAGAAGACUGAGCUAUGCAAAUGCGGCAGAGAUGGCGGCUCCUCUCCCACAAACGGCUGAGGAGGGUUUGAUCCUGAUGCUGCUCACAAACGCAGCAGUCACUGUGCCACCCUCUUGGCGUUGCACCAAGGCGGGCCCCAGUGCAGUUAUGGUUUGCACCCCCAAAGUUACGCUCACCCACCGUCAAUCUGUAGUUCACCCUCACAAAUCAUCUCACUGUUCUGUGCUCUCGAUUCCAAAGCAAAAGGAUCCGGGCAAGAUAUAGACCAUCUUGACUUCAAGAUUGUGGUGGAGCCAAAAGACAGCCCAUCCUACACAGUUAUCCUUGUGGCCUCAUCCAGGCAGGAAAAGGCAGCCUGGACCAGUGACAUCAGCCAGGUAAGGCGGAGUCAAGCCCGGGGGAGGAGGAGCUACCCAAAUCAAGGUGCCAGAGGAUUGGGGGGUGAGGCACACCCCCACCCCACAGGCCACUCUAUAAAGGAAGGAAAAUAACCAAAAGAAGUUGUGGGGUGUAGCCCAGGAGAGGGCUUUCUCUGAGGCAGGCCCUAAGCAAUGGAAUCCCUUCCACAGGUGCAUCUUGCACCUUUAUUCUUAUUUAUUUACUGCAUUUAUGUCCCACCUUUCACCUCAAGGUGUGAGGUACAUGGUUCUCCAACUUAUUUAACCCCCACAACAACCUUGUGAGGUAAGUGAAGCUAAGAGAUUUGAAUUUGCGUCUCCCAAGUCCUGGUCCAACAUCCUAACCACUAAACCACACUGGCUUCUGUUAUACAGAUUUCUUUAGGGGCUCGCCUCUUUGCCCUGGCCUUUUGACACCUGACCUGAGAUAUGUGUUUUGGGGACCCAAAUUCCUGUGGCUGUGAUUUUUUUAAACUCUUUUAAUGUUGAAUUUUAGAUGUUGUAAUCCACCCUAGGACCUGCUAGUGAAAGGCUGUUAAUAAAUUUAAUAAUACUAUCAUCAUCAUCAUCAUCAUCAUCAUCAUCAUCAAAUGAAUCAUUCAGUGUGACUAUAAUCUUCAGACCAUCUGGAAUAAAGGUUAUUCUAAGAAUAGUUUGGGAUUGGGGGGUGGAGUUUUGAAUGGAGCCAGCAUGGUGUACUGGUUAGAGCAGGCUUCCUCAACCUUGGCCCUCCAGAUGUUUUGAGACUACAAUUCCCAUCAUCCCUGACCACUGGUCCUGCUAGCUAGGGAUCAUGGGAGUUGUAGGCCAAAAACAUCUGGAGGGCCGAGGUUGAGGAAGCCUGGGUUAGAGUGUCAGACUAGGACCUGGGAGACCAGGGUUCAAAUCCCCAUGCAGCCAUGAAAAUCACUGUCAGUCAGUCACUGCCUCUCAGCCUAACCUACUUCACAGGGCUGUUGUGGGGAUUAAAUGAGGAGGAGGAGAACCAUGUGUACCACCUUGAGUUGCUCAGAGAAAAAGGUUGGAUAAAAAUGCAAGAAAUAAACUAAUAAUAAUUUUUUAAAGGUGUGAGAAUGGGUGGGCUUUCCAGAGUCUACGCAGACAUCCAGACACCUCAGAAAGAUUCACCAAUGCAGAACUCUCUUGCAGAAUUGCAGUCCCUUUGCUCUUUUCCACAGUUUGGAAUGCAGCUUUCAUUCUCCAUCCACCUCACGCUUGUAUGUGUGUAUUUCAGUGCGUGGACAACAUCCGCUGCAAUGGCCUCAUGAUGAAUGCCUUUGAGGAGAACUCAAAAGUCACCGUCCCCCAGAUGAUCAAGUAAGUGCCUGAGAUGAACGGAGGCACAGGAAGGUAGUUUUCAUGGAGUGCUUUUGAUGUUGUCGGCUUGCAGUUCUGUUCUCCACCCUAUUAGGAGCUGGGGUCCCAGCAAUGCAGUCCUGGAAGACUUGCCUCUGUUGUGAAAGGGAUGUGUGAGCAUCCCAGGGCCCUUGCACAACCUUCCCAGACCCCAGUAAGCAAGGCAGAAAGCCUAAAAAGCUCUUUCUGAAGCUGUUUUACCCUGCUCUCCAUAUAUUUAUUUAUUUUUCAGCUGUGUACCCAAGGUUUCAAUCACAUAAGUGAUCGGCUCUCCAGAUGUUUUGAGACUACAAUUCCCAUCAUCCCUGACCACUGGUCCUGUUAGCUAGGGAUGAUGGGAAUUGUAGUCCCAAAACAUCUGGAGGGCCAAGUUUGGGGAUGCCUGCAUAAGUAAAUUAGGCGUAAAUGGCUGGUCAACUUUAUUUUUUAAAAAACUUAAAGCUUUUCCCUUUAGAUAUGCAAUAUGUUUUCAAGAAAAGCAAUUUGCCAGGCCCUAAGAUUCCGGCAAUCCAAAUUAUUAAGAUUAAAGGUCUUCUAGAAUUUGGCAAUACAACUCUGGGCUGAGAUGAGAAAUAAGUUAUUUGUUUUUCAAACCCCGUACCGUUUCCAUAAACAAGUUCAAAAGCACUAGGUGGAAAGAUGGAGUAACAGUUUAUUUAGUUAUCAAAGAGAUCUCAGCAAACACCUUAUCCCUAAACUCAGCCACCUUUGAGCAGUCCCACCACAUGCGUUCAUAGGUACUAACUAUGGGGCGGGUUGAGGUGUAUUCUUGCUUCCUUUGUUUAAAGCGGUUGUGAGCAAGAUCCUUGUUGUGGAACAGCGGCAAACAAAUAAAAUGAUGAAUGCACAACUGAACCAGCUUACCCUGUUUGUCAGUGAAUGCCUGCGUGGGCCCCAUGAAUAUUCUGGUUCCCCUAUGUUCUGUGGCCAGAAGGAAAUGAUGGUUUGCCAUGCUGCCGUUUAUCUGCAUCUUUGCUCUUUCCAGGUCUGACACCAGCUUGUACUGCGACGAUGUUGACAUCCGAUUCAGCAAAACAAUGAACUCCUGCAAAGUCCUUCAGAUCCGCUAUGCCAGUGUGGAACGGCUCCUGGAGAGGCUGACAGACUUGAGGUUCCUCAGCAUCGACUUCCUCAACACCUUCCUGCACUCUUACCGGGUCUUCACCACAGCUAUGAUUGUCUUGGACAAGCUGAUCACUAUCUACAAGAAGCCCAUCAGUGCAAUUCCUGCAAGGUGAGUCUUGCAGGGGUGUCACCUCCUUUUCCCCCUGUUGGAGGAGGAUACUUUCUCCUGAGAAAUGCAAUAUGGGCUUGGGGAGGUGAGGCAAAAACACCAUGCAUGGAGGAGAAGGCUAUCGAUGACUAUUAGCCAGGAUGGCUAUGCUCUGCUUCCACAGUAGGAGGCAGCAACACUUCUGAAGACCAGUUGCUGGAAACCACUGGAGAGGAGAGGGCUCUUGUGCUCGAAUCCUGCUUGUGGGUUUCCCACAGACUUCUGUUGGUCCACUGUGAGAACAGGAUGCUAGGCUAGAUGGGCAACUAGGUAGAUUUCCCAGCAAUUAGAAGUUCCAGCCUCUGUAAUGCUUGGGGAUGGGACAAAGGAAAGGAAAAGGGAAAGUGAUAUCAGGUGCAGAGAGUCAAUGAGGUCUCUUCUGGUUUUGUUGCCCACCAGGUCUCUGGAGCUCCUAUUCGCCAGUAGCCAGAACACCAAGCUCCUUUAUGGGGAGCCUCCCAAGUCUCCGCGAGCCAACCGGAAGUUCUCCUCCCCACCACCCCUCUCCAUCACCAAGUCCUCUUCCCCAAGCCGGAGGAGGAAGCUGUCCUUGAACAUUCCCAUCAUCACAGGUGGGAAGGCCCUGGACCUGGCUGCCUUGAGCUGCUCCUCCAAUGGCUACGCCAGCAUGUACUCCUCCAUGUCGCCCUUCAGCAAGACCACUCUGGACAUCAACAAGCUCUACGUCUCUGCCAGCAACUACUCCAACAAGAUCUCUGAUGAGGGGGAGGCAGGCACAGAGAAGCCGGAGGAGACCCUUCUGAACAAGCAAAGUAAGUGAUUUCUGGAGGAAGGGGAUGUUCCUGUGUAGAUCAGGGUCAGGAAGGGAGUAAUAAAAUUGUAGAACUGUAGGAUCAUCUAGUCCAACCCCCUGCAAUGCAGGUAUCACAGCUAAAGAAUCCCUGGCAGGUGGCCAUCCAACCUUCCAGUCUUAGAGAGUCCACCACCUUCCAAUGCAGUCCGUUCUGCUGUUGAACAGCUCUUGCCAUCAGAAAGUUCUUUUGUGUGAAAUCCUUAAGUGAUGCCUCCGCUUGCUCCAACCAGGCCCAGAGACGUCUGUCCGAGAAGAGUCUGACAUGGAUCCCAACCAGAGUGAUGAGGCAGAAACGGAGACCUCGCCAACCAAAUCGCCCACGACCCCAAAACUGGUCAAAGGCAAAAACUCCUCAGGUAAUGCUAGCAGCCAACGAGAGCCCUCUCCUCCAUGAAUUUGUCCGGUCUUCAUCCAAAGCCAUCCAAGUGGGUGGCCUUCACUGUCUCCUGCGGAAGCGAGUUCCACAGUUUACCUAUGUGCUGUAUGAAGAAGGGCUUCCUGUUGUAUAAUACGGUGAUGAACAUCAGCUCUUAGCCAUGCCUUUCUGAAUACCAUUGCACAGACCACUUGAGAGAGGCUGUUGACUCUUGUCGACGGGUGUUUGCCAGUGCAGUUCCUGGGGAAGGAUCUGGCCCUCUCUGAGUCUCCUUUAACAGCCAGCAAGUGGGGAAGGAGUCCUUGGGGAGUGUUUCAUGCCAGAGGAAAGCUCACUGUGAAUUUUCUCUCCCUCUUCCUGAUGCAGAAUUCCCUUUGUUCUCCUAUAACAAUGGGGUUGUGAUGACAUCCUGCCGGGAGCUAGACAACACUCGCAGUGCCCUCUCAGCUGCUUCAGCCUUUGCCAUCGCAACCGCAGGCGCCAAUGAGGGCACGCCAACCAAAGAGAAGUACAGGAGGAUGUCCCUUGCCAGUGCAGGUGAGAGAAUGGGAAUUCCUCCCCUUCUUGGGGGGCCCACCCCACUUUCUCUGCAGAGAGAAGAGGCCAUGGGGACACAUUGAUUUGCAUGCUCCUUUUGCAGGGUUUGUAUCCUGAAAUGUAGGGCAUUAACACUUGCAAUGUGCUGCUGAGGGAUUUAUUUAUUUAAUAUUUGUAUAUCACUAUUAUCAUGCUUGUGUGUGUGUUUCACAACACCCCACUCUCCAAGCAGAGUGAGGUUCUUUUAGCUCACAAAGCUCAGCUCUCAACUCUGGCCUUUUGCCUUUCUAACAGCCAGUUGAGGGAGUAGAGUCCACCCUUUUGCUAUCUAGCACAGAACUAUUCCCUUUAUUUCCUUAAUGGCUCAUUUCCUCACCAGGAAGCUGGACUGGCUAUUCCAGGACUUAGACAGGUCUUGACAUACAGCCUAUUCCCCACCCCGUGCCCCCAAGCUAUACAUAUACCGUAUUUUCCCAUGUAUUGGACAAGGUUUUUUGACUCAGAAAUCACGUCAAAAACUGGGGUCACCCAAUACAUGGACAGUGGCAUGGGGGGGGCGUGGAGAAGCUGCGCGCCACCAGCCAGCUUGUUGGUGGGAGUGCAACUUCCCCCAAUGCCGCUGUGUGCGGCGGGUGCUCCCUGCAUCAUUUCCUGUGUGGCAGCAUCAGACGAGGUUGUGCUCCCGGGAGCGCAACUUCCCCUGUUGCUGCUGCAUGUGGGAAACGAUCUAGGGAGUGUUUCCUGCCCACAGCUGCUUGGGGGGAGAGGCUCAACAACUUUGGGCCAUCUUCCCUCGUUUUCCUAAAAUUGAGUCCCCCAAAAUAGGGGGGGUCUUAUACAAGGGGGCGUCCUAUAGACAGAAAAAUACGAUAUAUGCAGUUUCAGCAAUAAAAACAUAAAACCACACAAUAAAAACCAUAUAUAAAAAAGUAAAAACAGACAUCAAUUAACCAUUGUGGGAGGAUGUAGUCUUAAACUGGGUGGAACAGAAAAGUUUUCAGCUGGCAUUAAAAAGUUGGCACAGAAGGUGCCUGCUAAAUCUCACCAUCUAGGAGAACUUGGCGGGUCUUAGAAGGCAGGGUCUGGGCAACCCUCCUGACCUCCCAGCUAGGUUGGAGCUUAUCCUCCCAGGCAUCCCUGCAUGGCCUCUUCCCGUCCCCUGCUCUGACACUGACUCAGCCUCCUCUGUGCUCCUUGCUCUCCUUCCAGGCUUCCCCCCUGACCAAAGGAAUGGUGACAAGGAAUUUGUGAUCAGGAGGGCAGCGACCAACCGGGUCCUCAAUGUCCUGAGACACUGGGUCUCCAAGCACUCCCAGGUAAGCUGCUCCCAGAACAAGUGGAGGCAGGAAGCUGCACUGGUAAUAGUUUAAUUAAUUCAACAGCCCAGUGAUUCCAGCUUCUCGAAGUCUGAUAGUCAUUCACACCUCCAGUGCGCCCCCCCCCCCGCUACCCCCUUGCCUCUUAGUGUUCCCCCUUGAUAACCCUACCAUCCCCCAGGGGGCAAUGCCGCUGCUCUAACUUGUGAAAAUGCAGAAUUGAUAUAGAGGGUGGUUUUUUAAAAAAACUAAGUCUUAUUUAAAGUCGAUUUAUUGAAAUGAGUGAACAGGACUAAGUUAGGCCCAUUAAUUUCAAUAGGUGUACUUUGAAUGUAGCUUAGUUGAAUAACACCCAAAUAUUUCUAAUUUUGGGAUGCGGGUGGCACUGUGGGUUAAACCACAGAGCCUAGGACUUGCCGAUCAUAAGGUCGGCGGUUCGAAUCCCUGUGAUGGGAUGAGCUCCCGUUGCUCGGUCCCUGCUCCUGCCAACCUAGCAGUUUGAAAGCACGUCAAAGUGCAAGUAGAUAAAUAGGUGGGAAGGUAAACGGCGUUUCCGUGCGCUGUUCUGGUUCACCAGAAGCAGCUUAGGCAUUCUGGCCACAUGACCCGGAAGCUGUACGCCAGCUCCCUCGGGCAAUAAAGCAAGAUGAGCGCCAUGCUCCCUCGGCCAAUAAAGCAAGAGUUGGCCAUGACUGGACCUAAUGGUCAGGGGUCCCUUUACCUUUACCUUUAUUUCUAAUUUUCUUUUUGCAGGAUUUUGAAACAAACGAUGAACUGAAGUGCAAAGUGAUCAGCUUUCUGGAGGAAGUCAUCCAUGACCCAGAACUGCUGACACAAGAGAGGAAGGCAGCAGCCAAUAUCAUAAGGCAAGUUACCCUCCUGCAGAUCUGUGGUUGGCUGGCAAGUGAGCUGGCCAAGGGCAGGGCUGAUCCCUGGCCACCUGGCUCCUCUCCACUGCCACACUCAGUGUGGUGUGGGUGAGACUGAGGGUGCUCAUAGCCCAGGGUACAGUUAAGCGUUGAGACAAUGGGCUGGGCCGGGCCUGUGAGCCGCCAGUUGCCACCACUUAAACUAAAGCAGCUAGCAGUGAGAAGGUGCAGAGGAUUCUUCUUGGUAGUUCCUCAGAGUUUGGGCCCAAGAGGGCCCUCUCCCUUAUUUUCAUUGGUAGCUGCUUAGGUAGGUCUAGGUGGUGGCAACUGGUGGCCCAUAGCAAGUGGCCCAGGAGAGGGCCUUCUCUGUGGCAGCCCCUCAGUUGCGCAAUUCCCUUCCCACAGAGGUGCAUCUGAUACCUUCAUUAUACAGCUUCCAGGGAAUGCUGAAGAUGCACUUCUUGAUGCUGGCCUUUGCCAUUUGAGAUGUGUAUUUCCAGGACCCACCUUAUCCCUGUGACUACAAUUUGUUUUAGUUGCUGGAUCUUAAAUUGCUGUAAUCCGCCUGGGGCCUGCUGUUGAAGGGUUGGCAGUGCAUUAUUAUUUUUAAAAGAGAGGGAGUGAUGCUUUACCUAGGCCUUUCCACCUCGAUGCAAAGAGGCUUCUGCGGGGAAGCAAUGAAAAUCUCCCAUGUGCUUUGGGCUCUUAUAUUCCAAUGCUGCCAUUUUUCUCUUGCACCUCAGGACCUUGUCUCAGGAGGACCCUGGAGACAAUCAGAUCACACUGGAAGAGAUCCUGCAAAUGGUAACUGUCCUCCCACAAUUUCUGUCCUCCCGCAACUGGAUCGCAACAAAGAGCUGUGCUUAUUUUUUAUUUCCCUUCUGCCUUUAUUUCCCUCCGAUCCCUUUGUGUUUUUUGGGAAAGAGAUGCUUUCAUCGCCCACUAGUGAGCAUUUCACAACCCAACAUAAAUGACGAGAGCCUACUGGGCUUUUUCUAAGUGUCUUUGGGUGGUUUUUGUGUAACUCCCCGGUCGUCAUGCAAAGGGGCCAUUUUAAGGAUAUGCCUGCUUGCACCAAUGCUGGAAGUUUUGGGGCAAAAUUCUUCAACAGCCACUUUAGAAGUGAAGCAGAGAACAGGAAUGUCCCUCCUGGAUGGCAAGUGGGCAGCCUGCCCAGGAGUCAAGUGGCUUAUCUGGGAACAUCCUGCACUUUUCUCAGCAAAAAGGAAAAGGGAGUGAGGGCUUUCUAAUCCAGAGCCCCACUCAAGACAAAACCACUUUGGGAAAUUCCUUCAAAGAGAAGAGCAGAACAGAGUAGAUGUCACUUUACUUUGCAAGAAAGCGGAGUAGCAGGAGGCAUUUUCAUUUGCACAGGAAGUUCCUGCUUUAUCCUGAGUCAGACCCUUGGUCCAUCUAGGCCAGGGAUGGGCAAACUUGGCCCUUCAGCUGUUUUGGGACUACAAUUCCCAUCAUCCCUGACCACUGGUCCUGUUAGCUAGGGAUGAUGGGAGCUGUAGUCCCAAAACAGCUGGAGGGCCAAGUUUGGCCAUCACUGAUCUAGGCCAUAUUGUUGACACUGACUGUCAGUAGCCCUCCAGUGCUUCAGGCAGGGAGUCUCUCCUCACCCUUACCUGGAGAAGCCAGGGUUCGAACCUGUGAUUCUGUGAAGGGAAAGCAGAUGCUCUACCACUGAGCUAGAUCCCUUCCCCUUCUUGUGUGUGCAAAGAGGCAAAACUGGUGCAGAGUGCCAAGCACUUGAGGAGCCCCUUGGAGUGCAGGCUUGAGUCUGCAUGGAGUGCAGAGUGGCAUUCCCCGCCCCCCUGCACGUCAACAAACUUCUAAGGUAGGGCUGCCAUACAUCCGGACAUUACCAGGAUUUCAAAGGAGGAACUGACAUCCAGGGGAGAGAGUCCCCACUUAGAGAGGAUCCUCAGCAUGAAGCAGGCCUCUGCAGUCCAAGCUCAGCACUACUGUCAUGCUGCCUCUUGUUGCUGCCUCAUGGAGAUGCUGCCACUCUGUGGCACCUGUAACAGUGCCGGUUCUGUGAAUCGAAGCAGUCGAAUGGGCAUAUUUGGGGUAAGGCAAUUUGUAGGUAUUGCCCGCCUGGCCUCCAAUGUCAACAGGCCUCAGGGUGAGCCCUCUGUGACUCUAGCUGGUGCUGACAACACACACACACACACACACACACACACACACACACACACACAUAUGCAUAGAUGUUCACCCCAUUGAAGAAGAGGCUGAGCAAGGCCUGGGAGGAAAAGGGAUCUCCCCAUAGUAGCUCUCUGAGUCUUUGCUUUCUACCAGCAGAUUCUGCGCUUGUUGUCUUUGCUUCCAUUGAGGGCUGUCUUCUUUCUCUCCAGGCUGCGGGAGUCAAGGCAGAGCCCUUUGAAAACCACUCUGCUUUGGAAAUCGCAGAGCAGAUGACUUUGCUGGAUCACCUGGUCUUCAAAACCAUCCCUUAUGAGUGAGUCACAAAGAGGCUUCUGUUUUCCUCCUUUCCAUCUCUGGCAUGUAUGGAGAAGGCAAUAUUUAUUUCAUUUCAUUUCAUUUCAUUUCUCUUCUUUGCCUUUUUCUCCAAAGAGCUCAAGGUGGCAGACAUGUUUCCCUGCCCCCCCCCCAUUUAAUCCCCACGGCAUCCCUGUGAGGUAGGUUAGGAUCCCAAUCCUAGGCUCAGAUCCUGCUGGCUGGUUUCCCAUGGGUACCUCUGGGUAUCCACUGUGAGAACAGGAUGCUGGACUAGAUUUGGCCAUUUGGCCUGAUCCAGCAGGCUCUUCUAACAUUUUUAUAUUCUUACCACUUUGCAUUUUCAGAGAGUUCUUUGGGCAAGGCUGGAUGAAGUUGGAGAAGAACGAGAGGACUCCGUACAUCAUGAAGAACACCAAGCACUUCAAUGAUGUGAGUUCGGGCUCUAGGGCUCUGAACAGCUUUGGAGGAGCCCAGAUGCAAGAGGGACUGCUCCCAAUUUGGGGAAGAGGGAGCGGUGUCGCAUAGCAUUGCAGUCAGUGGGUGGCCAGGCUGGGGCAGUCCUUGUUCCCAGAUCUGCCUCUGUGGUGUAGUGGUUAAGAGCGGUGGACUCGUAAUCUGGUGACCGGGUUCACUUCCCCGCUCCUCCACAUGCAGCUGCUGGGUGACCUUGGGCCAGUCACACUUCUCUGAAGUCUCUCAGCCUCACUCACCUCACAGAGUGUUUGUUGUUGGGGAGGAAGGGAAAGGAGAACGUUAGCCGCUUUGAGACUCCUUCGGGUAGUGAUAAAGCGGGAUAUCAAAUCCAAACUCUUCUUCUUCUUCUCAGCCUCACUCACCCCACAGAGUGUUUGUUGUGGGGGAGGAAGGGAAAGGAGAAUGUUAGCCACUUUGAGACUCCUUAUGGAGAGUGAAAGGCAGGAUAUCAAGUCUAAACUCCUCCUCCUCCUCCUCCUGCGAGAAUCUGGACCUGCUCUCCUUUUCAGAAGGAAAGCACUCAGGCAGAAGUUUGACUUUGGCAGGAUUUCAGAGGGUCUGCUUGACAUGGAAUGGUUGGAAAGCUUUGAUGUUUGUUCAGCAAAUGGCCAACUGGCCAAACCAGUCUCCAGAACCACCACCCUCCCUCUCUCUUCUAAAUAGCAUUAGCACUUGUGGAUUACAGUCAAAGUUUUCUCCUGAGGUGCCGGAAAUGCACACGUGGUUGGAAAGGGCAGAGGCAGAUGCAGGGGGCAGGGCAGGGAUUGUUAAAACUGAGGCCAGGUGAAAAUGAAAUGCAGAAAAGCAGAUGGCCCUAAUGAUAUUAUGAUCAUUUCAACCUCCCAGAAUUCUCUGAAACUGACCUUACUACUUCAAACUGAGGCUGCCAUGUUUAAACUGUUUGGGAGAACCCCAAAGCUUGCCGCACUUUGUGACACUUUCUUCCUUUGUCCUAAUAAAAGGUAUUAUUAUCCUACUGAAGACUGAACCUCCAUCCCCCUUAUUGACCUCCCUUUUUAUGCUGAAUUACAGUUCAGGGCAGAUAAAAGAAAGUCCUCCUUCACACAAUACAUAGUUAAACUGUGGAACUCACUCCCACAGGAGGAGCUGAUGGCCACCAACCUAGAUGGCUUUAAAAAAGGGUGAGGCAAAUUUGUCAAGGAGAGGGCUAUUGAUGCCAACCAGCCAUGAGAACUAUGCUCUGCCUCCACAGUUGGAGGCAAUUGCUGGAAACCACUGAAAGGAACAGUGCUCCUUGCUGGUUUCCCAUAGGCAUCUGGUUGGCCUCUGUGAGAACAGAAGGCUGAAAUAGAUAGGGUAUUGGCCUGAUCCAGUAGGCUUUUGUUCUCUUCUUAUGUUCCGAGCUAUUUUUUGUGGAUGGAAACAGGACAGAGGUUUUUAUCACAUGAUGUGUGUAGUAGUAGUAGCAGUAAUGGUAAUGAUAAUAAUAAUAAUAAUAAUAAUAAUAAUAAUAAUAAUAAUAAUAUAUUUAUACCCUGUCCAUCUGGCUGGGUUUCUCCAGCUACUUUGGGUGGCUCCCAACAGAAUAUUAAAACAUCAAACAUUAAAAACUUUCCUAAACAGGGCUGCCUUCAGGUGUCUUCUGAAAGUCAGAUAGUUAUUUAUUUCCUUGACAUCUGAUGGGAGGGUGUUCCACAGGGCAGAUGCCACUACCAAGAAGGCCCUCUGCCUGGUUCCCUGUAACCUCACUUCUUGCAAACCGCCAGAAGGCCCUCAGAGCUGAGCAAUGGGGGUGGAGAUGUUCCUUCAGGUAUACUGGGCUGAGGCCAUUUAGGGCUUAAAGGUCAGCACCAACACUUUGAAUUGUGCUCGGAAACAUACUGAGAGUCAAUGUAGGUCUUUCAGGACCUGUGAUAUAUGGUCUCGGUAGCCACUCCGUCACCAGUCUAGCGGCCGCAUUCUAGAUUAGUUGUAGUUUCUGGGUCACCUUCAAAGGUAGCCCACGUAAAGCGCAUUGCAGUAGUCCAAGCUGGAGAUAACUAGAGCAUGUACUACUCUGGCGAGACAGUCUGCGGGGAGGUAGGGUCUCAGCCUGCGUACCAGGUAGAGCUGGAAGACAGCUGCCCUGGAGGCAGAAUUGACCUGCACCUCCAUGGACAGCUGCGAGUCCAAAAUGACUCCCAGGCUGCGCACCUGGUCCUUCAGUGCCAGGAUGUCUGUUCAUCUGGGCACUGUUCAUAACGUAAUUAUCCCCAUCUGUACUUUCCUGUGUCCCAUUUCUUUCUGACUUCCCUAUUUACAAUCCUGUGUAAGUGUGUGUAGAUAGUUAGGUCGCAAUAGACCUCCAACUCUGGAUAAGACUUCAUGCAGCUGCUGAAAACAACAACAACCUUAUGCCAUAAUGAAUUUGUUAGUCAGCUGAAGCAAAACAGCAAACAAGGUUCUUGCUUAAAGAUGAACAUGGAAAACAUAUGGAUUUCAAACUCUUUACCCAUCUUAGUUACAGAUAGAUGUCCAGUAGGGGGCAUCAAAAAAAUGUGGCGAAACCCCGGUGACCUCAGUCUUUAGGAGCCAGCCCUGCGGACAAGUUCUGUGAACUCAGAGCCCUGUCAAGUCCAUGCAUGUGCCCCUGAGAUAAAAGCGUAUUUGGUUUCCUGUCCUCAUCUUUUUGUACUUGAGCUUAGGGCUCUGUGAUCCUUUUAAAUGGCACACAGGCGGUCCUGAUGACCGCUGGGUUGUGCGGUUCCCCUCCCCCCUGCAGAUCAGCAACCUGAUCGCCUCCGAGAUCCUCCACAAUGAGGACAUCACCGCCAGGGUGAGCACCAUCGAAAAGUGGGUGGCCGUGGCCGACAUCUGCCGCUGCUUGCACAACUACAACGCAGUCCUUGAGAUCACCUCGGCCUUCAACCGCAGUGCCAUCUUCCGCUUGAAGAAGACAUGGAUGAAGGUGUCCAAGCAGGUGGGUAUGCCAGCGGGGAGCACAAGGCAAGUCUCUGGGGUCACUUUGGACUCAUAGAAUUGUAGAGUUGGAAGGGACCCCCAGGAGCAAUCUGAACUAACACCCCUGCAAGGCAGGAACUGCAGCUAAAGAAUCCCUGACUCUCAUAUAUUGAAAUUUUGAGAGCUGUCAUAGUAAUAAAUAAUAAUAUAAGAAAAUAAUUGUGGGGUUUUUUUUUAUUUAAAUGCAUAUACUCACCAUUAGUAAAAUUAAUGCAAUAACAAACACAUCUAUAUCUAUCUAUCAUCUAUCUAUCUAUCUAUCUAUCUAUCUAUCUAUCUAUCAUCUAAAAUCAUUCAGGGAAAAGGGUUGUAGCUCAGUGGCUGAGCAUCUGCUUUGCGUGGAGAAGGUCAAAUAUACAGUUCCUGGUGGCAUGCCCGGGUAGGGAUGGGAGCCCCCCCCCAACAAGAACUCUGAAGAGCCAUGGCUUCCAGUCAGUGUAAAGCUAGAUGGAUUAUUGGUCUGACUUGGUAGCUUCUGAGAAUGCAGAUUCCUUCAGAAGCAUGAGAACUGGGCACCGAUCCAUCCAGCCCAGCACAAUGACUGCCUUUGUUUGAUCUUUGACUUCUGCUGCAUGCCAGUCUAUGUGCAGAGGCGCAUGCUAGCUGUGGAGUGCUGAGAUUUUUUUACUAUGUAGCCACACCCCCCCCCCCCAGCCACAGCAGAGAGAUUUGCUUGGCCUAUUCUCUGCAGCUCCUUCUUCCUCCUUUCAUCCAGAACUCCCCUGCCAGACCACUUAGGAGGCUCAACUUCCUUCUUUGCUGUGGAACUGAGACCUGGCAUUCUCCCCACAGAUAUUUAUCAUACACUCAGAUGGUUCCUCAUAACACAAAAUUGCAGCCAAACCAGAUGCAGCAGAUUUCUGGCUCAGCUUCAGUUCCUGCAGAGGAUUCACAUAAAGAAUACGUUAAGCUGGAACCUCUGUGGUCUUCAGGCAAUUUCACAAGUGACCUCCACCCCAUUUUUGAACUUCUGUGUUGCCUUCAGCCCAGUUGUCUCUGUUAGGCAACUUAGCUGUGAUUCCAGCAUUGCAGGGGGUUGGACUAGAUGACCCUUGGAGCCCCUUCCAACUCUUACAAUUCUAUGAUUCUAGGGUUGCAAGCUGGGAUUAUUUGGUACAACUAAUUGAAUGAAGCUUCCCUGGCCAACUGAUAUUUGCCCUGCUUCCUGAUUUUGAUUCCAAACUGCUUUUUGAAUUUGCUGGGCCUGCCUCUUCACCAUGUUGACCAAAGCGCCCAUUUGAUUUUCAGUAGCUCAGAAGCAGAUCCUUGGUAUCAUUCCCCAAAAAGGCGCCCCCCACCCCAGCCUGGAUUCUUCUUUCUUCCUUAACCAGAGUCUGCACUUUCUGCCUUAUGUCUUUCUUUUCAGACGAAAGCUUUGAUCGACAAGCUGCAGCGCCUGGUGUCUUCGGAAGGCCGUUUCAAGAAUCUGAGGGAGGCCCUGAAAAAGUAAGUGCCUGGCAACAGAGCUCGUCUGCCUGGGGGUGGUGCCCAUCAUGCCUUUGUUUGCAAAAUGUGAGACCUUGUGUGGUGUCUGAGGUAUGUGCAUGCACACACAGAAAGACAAAGCAUGGCACACCUGUGAACACCUCCAGCAAGUGCUCCUUCCCACUAGGUAUUUGGCAGAUAUUGCCAGGACCUGAGAAAGUUCAGCUUUAUUUGUUUGUUUGUUUGUAUUUAUAUUCCACAUUUUUCCUCCAAGGAGCUCCAGGUGGCUCACCUGGUCCUCCCCUUCCUCGUUUAACCCCCUAGACAACCCUGCAAGGUAGGCUAGGCUGAGAGGGAGAGUGGCUGGCUCCCAAGGUCACCCAAGUGAGCUUCAUGGCUGAGUGGGGGUUUGAACCCUGAUCACUCAGGUCUUAGUCCUCACAACAGCCCUGGAAGGUAGGUUAGGUUGAGAAGCAGGGAUUUGAACCCUGGUCUCUCCCAGGUCUUAAUUUGACACUAACCACUGCACAACACUGUCUCUCCCUGCUCAAAGCCUCAGCUGAGGAGGAAGAGUCACAGUGGGUAGCAUGCUGGACAGCUGGGCCUCCAGCCCCUGGGACUUUGCACGCCCCUCAUGAGCAAGGGGAAAGGAAACCAGCUAUUUAACCCGGCACAAGACACUGUAAAAGGGAAGAGGCCCUUCAGAGGGCAGGGAGGAAUGUUUUGGCCUCUCCACUGAAUGCAGAGAAUCUCAUAGGUUCCAGAGUUCUAAGACAUUCCUAUUUGCGCAAGGGAGAGGGGUCUGCGAAGAACUCAUUCAUACUUGAUGUGGACUACAUUGGAAAGUACCUUAUUUUUUGCUCUAUAAGACUCACUUUUUCCCUCCUAAAAAGUAAGGGGAAAUGUGUGUGUGUCUUAUGGAGUGAAUGCAGGCUGCGCAGCUAUCACAGAAGCCAGAACAGCAAGAGGGAUCGCUGCUUUCACUGUGCAGCGAUCCCUCUUGCUGUUCUGGCUUCUGAGAUUCAGAAUAUUUUUUUUCUUGUUUUCCUCCUCCAGAAACUAGGUGCGUCUUGUGGUCUGGUGUGUCUUAUAGAGCGAAAAAUACAGUAUGGCUUGAAACGGGGAAAGUUUUUCUCCCUCUUUCAUAAGGCUACAACUGGCGGGCAUCCAAUGAAGCGGAACGUUGGAUGAUUCAAAACAGAUAAUAGGAAUUCCUUUUUCGUACAUUGCAUAAUUAAGCUAUGGAGUUCACUCAGGUGGCGGUGGUGCCUAUCAACUUGGAUGGCUUAAAAAGAGGAUUGGACAAAGUCAUGAAGGAGGAGAGGGCUAUUGAUGGCCACUGGCUCUGCCUCUCACAGCCAUCCAGUUGGCUUCUGUGAGAACAGCAUGCUGGACUAGAUGGGUCAUUGACCUGAUCCAUCAGACCCUCCUUAUGUUCUUAAGUAUCAGACUUGAUGUGAGGGGGACACAAAAGCUCUCCCUGCAGGGUGUAAUCUGUGGUGACGGUUUAUGAACCCAUCUGAGCUGACAUGGAGUGAGGACAGUGCCUGUAUGAACUGUGGCCAAAGAGGAAACUCAGGAGAAAGACUAUUGGAUCACAUUAAGCCCAUCACAUUAAGUGGGACUUAUUUUCUCCCUUCCAGCUGCGAUCCACCCUGCGUCCCAUAUCUAGGGAUGUACCUGACAGACCUGGCCUUCAUUGAGGAGGGCACCCCCAAUUACACUGAAGACGGCCUUGUGAAUUUUUCCAAAAUGAGGAUGGUAAGUUUCCUGGCACAGUGCCUUUUGGCAGGGAGAAAGGGCAAAUCAUAAGGAGGUUUCAUAAGUCUGAUCAGAUGUCAAGAAUAGCCUGACGAAAGGAUAGUCCGUGAAGAUGUGAACCGCCUGAUUACUCCAUUCACCAGCCUCAGGCCCUUUUAUUUCAUGAGCUUUGAGUGUUUCCCCAACAACUUUUAUUCCCGGGAGCACAAACAUAAGCACCAAUUUCUUUUCUUUUUGCACAGAUCUCCCAUAUCAUCCGAGAGAUCAGGCAGUUCCAGCAGACGGCCUACAAAAUUGAGCAUCAGGCAAAGGUAACUUCACUGCAGACCCUUUCGGGGGGUUGGGCUUGUCCCUUGCACCCACUGCCCAGAGGUGAGGGUGUCUGAGAGCUCAAUUGGAAGCAGCCUUCUCUACCCUGGAGUCCUCCAGAUGUUUUGGAGGACAUCUUCCACUAGGAUGGACAUAGUGGCUGGGGUUGAUGGGAGCUGUGGUUCAAAACAUCUGGAGGACACUAAGUUGGGGAAGACUGUUUGGAUAAAAACAAUGGCUGUAGCUUGAGAUCCACCUUGCAGGCUUCCUAUAGGCAUAUGCUUGGCCCCUGUGAGAACAGGAUAUAUUCCUGAAUAAUUGUUCCUAGGUAACUGUUGCUGAGGAAGGUACUUAUAACUUCAUGGAGGAGAGGGCUAUCAAUGGCUACUAGCCAAGAUGAAUGCUAUGUUCUGCCUCCACAGCUGGAGGAAGCAAUGCUUCUGAACACUUCCUACAAAACUAGCUCCCAUAAAGAGAGAGAAACUAUAAGCAGAGGUAGUCUGCUUCUGAAUAGCAGUUGCUGGAAACUGCAGGGGAGGAGAGACACGGUUGCACUCAAAUCCUGCUUGCGGGAUUCCCACAGGCAUCUGGUUGGCCACUGUGAGAACAGGAUGCUGGAGUAGAUGGGCCAUGGGCCUGAUCCGGCAGGUGCUUCUUCUGAGGCCAUUAAGAAACCCUAUGGUUAGUUUGUUGCACGGUAUCCCAAGACCAACAGAUCUGUUCCCAGCCAUCUGACAACAAGCUCACAACACUGGGCUCUCUCCCCUUAGGUCCAGAGGGAGCAGCAUUGACCCCUUGCUGCCUCCCUUUCCUUCACCCUCUCUCCAUUUUCUUUCUCUUCCAGGUCACCCAGUACCUCCUGGACCAGUCCUUUGUGAUGGAUGAGGAGGGUCUUUACGAGGCCUCGCUCCAGAUAGAGCCAAAGCUGCCCACCUGAGUCCAGAGUGGCAGCAGCCCCCUGGGGGCCCUUCCCUGUACACCAUGUACCAUAUUGUACAUAGCAGCUGUUUGUUUCUUUUGGGAACCCUCAGUUGACUUCCUCGUAUGUGCUUCUCCAAGACCCCCCCCCACCCCUCUCCUUGUCCUUAGAAUCUGACUAGCCACCGUUUGUCCUGGGGAGUCCGGCAUAGACCACUUUGUUGACUGCAGUCCUGGUUCCUAUUCAGCUAUGUUCUCUUUGUUGUUGAUUCUUUGCGUGCGUGCACUGGGGGCGGGGGGAGGGACGGAGGGGGUGGCAGCCGGGAAAGCCACCCAUGGGGGCAUGUGGGGCAUUGCACAAGGGAGCCCCUCCUUACCUGAGGAACAGCUGCCUGCUUUCCAGGCCUCUGCAAUCCGGGCACGGCCUUCCAUUUUGCCAGGAGGGGGGCUGCGGAACACACACACUCACUCUGAGUCAUUUCGGACGGCAACCGCUAAGUCCCCCAAUACAAGUCAUGUAAUAAGGGAAAGCAAAUUCUCGAGGACGCAUUUCACUGAGCAGCGGCAGGAGCAGAGAGAGCCAAGGGGACUCUGACCUCCUGUUGCCAAGGAGAUAAGAGAGGCUUGAAGGAGAAUCUGACCCGCUGGUGGUCAACUGGGCAAAGCAGGCUUGAUAGUGGAAAGAUGGUGGCUCUCUUCAAUGAGGCCAAGGUGGAACAGUAGGGUUUGGGUGACAGGGUAGGAAGGAGACAGGCAGACAGGUCUCCCCUGGGGAACAGGUACUCUUGGUGCAAGAGGACUCCCUUUUGUGGGGGUGCUGUCUGUCCCCACAUAAAUGGGUAGGGAAGCAGGGCAGGGAGGAGACAACCACCAUUUGGGUUUCCUGCCUCAGGCACCCAGGUGGCUUGGGCCAGCCACAAGAGGAAGACAGACAGAGACCAACCAUAUCUUUGAAAAUUCCUGCUUCAUCACCCUCCUGAGAGGCUCUGUGUGAAUUUCGCUCCUCCGUCCGUAGACUUUAGUGACUCUUCUUAGUAACAUAAUGUAGAAUUAGAGAGGGGAGGGGAGGGGGGAGGGGAAUGGCCAAGUGUUUUUAUUACAUAUACUGUAAUCCUGUCUAACCACUUGCUAGCAGGACUACAGUAAUGUACUGCUUAUUCUGUGAAUAUUAUCACGUAUUUUUUACAUUGUACAGGAUAUAAGCCCAGGUGAAUUUUUGAGUGGCAGGCAUGCUCCACAGUAACGGAAAAACCAGAAGAAGAAAAAACAAAACAAAACCUUUUGCUGUAAGCAAUACCCAUUGGUAUGAGAAUUCUCUUUCAAGACCUAAAAUAUUUCGACUUACAGCUUGUUUGUUUGGGAAAAGGAAAAAAUUUCCAUUUUUGUAAAAAUAUAUGUUUCCUGAUUACCUCUUGCUAAUAAAUCUAUUCUAUCUCAGGGUG